AGAGAAACCCGGGGCGAGGUGACAAGGCAGGGCUGGAGGCGGCGGCGGCGGCAAGGAGGCGAAAAAGGGACCCCCCCUCCCAGACCAUUGAUAUAAAGCAAUGCCGGAGAGUUGCGGGGCGCUUGCCAGAAGAUCGCCCUCUUCCCGCCCAGCCCUCGGGCUCCGAUCUCCAAUCCCUUUGCUCCUUCCACUUCCGCCUCUUUUAUUUUUAUAUAUAUUUGGGGGUGGGGGGCGCGAGGUGGCGCGGACGCCGGUGCGGCGUGGUGCAGCUCGGCGCUGGUAGUGCGGUACGCCGGGCGCCCUAGACUCUCCCUCUCGGCUCGGAAGCGGCAGACCUACACGAGUCUAGGGCCGCCUGCCGGGAGCCGACCACGGUGUAGGGCGGAGGUUUGGGGGGGGGGGGAGGAGGAGCUGGUGCCUGGGCAGGGACACAGGGAGGGGACCCCGCACCGCGCCGCCUGGGGAACAUUUUGGAGACUCCGAAAAGGGACGCCGGCUGCAAAGAGCCGUCCCUUCCCUCGGAGUCCGUGCGCCCUCAUGUCUCCGCCUGAUCAACCUUGCUGGAUUUUUUGCUUUUUAAAUUAAAAACCACAGUGACUAUUUUAUAUAUUUUUUUGCAAAGAAUCCGUGCCCAAAGUGGCUCCGUUUCCUCUAGCAAAUCUUCCGGUCCUAUUAAUAUUUUGGUCUUUUCCCCUUCCUCUCCCCGCGAAAAAGCAAACGAGCAAGAAGAUUCCUGUUUCCCUCGCGGAAGAAGGGUGCACACUUGCAGAAAGGACGUUGAUCCUUUAUUAUUUCUUCCCCCCCACCCCUCCUCCCGCUCCCAACAGAAGUACAGUAUAUACAUGCGAAUCUAAUAUUAUCAAAGGGGCGUGGAUGCGCCUUGCAGAGAAGGGUGCAUUCGCAAAAGAUCAGCUAGCGAUCUUUCCCCUCUCUCCUUUUCCCAUCUCGCUGCGGGGUGGGUGGGUAUUUAGAAAGCGGGUUGGGGUGAGCGGUGGGGGGGGGGGGCGCGGGCGGGUGGAGAGAGAGGAAGAGCGAUUGAGAAGGAGGGACUGGUAACUCUCCGCAUGUCUGGAAGGGGGCGAGCUGUCUCCAGACACAGGUGAUGGGCGUUUCGGCGGCCUGCUAGGGUUUCACUUCGCUGCGAUCUAAGCAAAUAUGCAGAAGUACCGGCUGGUUUAGUCCUGCGAAAGCCAAGGGAGGCAACGCGCAGGAGAAGCGAGCGAGCGAGAGGAGCGACAGCGAUCAGCUGCAAAGCCCCCUUUUCCCCACCACCACCCGCGUAUUUUUUAUUUUUUGGAGAGCGAAGCGGGGUGGGGUGGGGUGGUGGGGGGAAACCAAGAACCGCCACCCCCUUGUAAGCUUCGUCUUCCUUCCUUCUCCCCGUGGCGCCUCUACCCGAGGAGAGAAACCCCGCGCGCAAAAGGAGACCCCGAUCGAUCCUCUGUGAAAUCAAUAAAUCCAAAGAGAGCCGUCCCCCCCAUCCUCCCCGCCGCCACCCCGAUCAGCGCCCAAGCCGGAGAGAACUCCACACCGGUGUGGCGAUCCCUCUGAGGGAUGGUUGUUAUUUUCCCAGCCCAGGGAGGCGGGCUGGUGCUCCUCCUUCGCAGCCCCGUUGAAUUGUAUUCCUGGCUACAGUGCAUGAGACCGCGAUGAGGACCUGGGCAGGAUUUUGGCUCAUAGGGUUGUGCUACCUGGCCAUCGUGCUGGCGGAGGUAGGUGCUUCGCCGUUGGAAAUCGGGGGUUUGGAGGUGGGGGGGGGGGAGAGAUCCGGGCGGCGGCGGCAGUAGCAGGCUCAAGAUCCCUGUCUUUAUUUUAUUUUUCUUAAGCCUGAACUAUUUCUAUAGUUUUGCAUGACAAGUGUAAUUCUUCCUUCUUCCCCUUUCCUUCUUAAUGUUUUGGAUGAGAGGCUGAUCUCUCCAACCUCCCCCCUCCCCAAGCCCAAGUCGGAAGACCUACUAUGUUUGCAAUACCAUGGAUGGCUUUAGCUUCGCCCUGGAUGAAGGAGGGAGGGGAAAGGGAGAGAGAGAGAGACUCGCUUCUAAAAUCUUGCAAAAGAUCAAGUACUGUAGUGAGGGAGUGGUGGUGGUGGAGAGCCGCUCGUCACGUUAAGAUGCAUGGCUGCGAUCCGAAUUAAGAUCGUGCAGCGCGCUGGUUUCCCCGGGGCUGGCAUGGAGGCGGGGGUUGCACUGCUUGCUGUGUGUGCCCUUACACGCGUGUAAAACGUGCGAGCGUUCGAACGCGCGUUGCAAGUCCCCUGGAACGGUUUGCAAACGGCGCCCUGGGUCGGCGCGAGUGCCGCCUGGCGAGCGGGGUGGGGAGGCGAGUUGGGAAGAGGGAUUUUAAUAGCGCGGUUUCCUGUUAAUGAGAAGCUAGCAUGAAUCUGCUAAAAUAGAAUAAUAAUGAAGCAAUUAGGCUAGUGGGUUUCUAAUUGAUGUAGCAGAGCCUUGCUUUGGCAUUCCAGAGGGAGCGGCGCGUUACCUCCAUCCACCUUAGGAAUUCACUUUAUAAGGUCAGAAGAGAUAAAAUCAUAGCGUGUUUACUUGGAAGCAUAUCCCACUGAGUUCAGUGGGUCCACCUGCCCUGACCAAAGUAGGUGCACUGUUUAGGAUUCCGGCAUUAUUUGGGGGAAAAGGACGAGUUCCCUCUAAGCCUGCUUAUUGCUCUUUAUGGGCAUAUUUUGGAUUUUCACGGGCAUAGUUUUGGAUUUGAUAAAAUCUCUCCCUCUCCUCUCCUCUUCCAAUUUUGAGGAUUAUUACAGGUGGCCAUUUCUGGGGGAAAGAGAUGUGGGAAUUAAAUGACUUAUAAGGAAGGACAUCUCUUUUAAAAGGUACACUGGAUUGACCUUGCUUGUAAACACUGUGAUGUGUAAAAUUAUAGCUCCCAAAGCAGCUUUUUUGCAGUCUUCCGACGUGGGAAACCUGUAGGAUUGUAUUAGUUCUGGAUCUAUAAUCUCCCCCUCCCUCUGUCUCUCUCUGUCUCCCCCUUCCUUCGCAUUCCCAACCAGACAGAUUUUUUUUUUAAGUGAGGGGGAGUUAAGUACUAAGCUGACACCAAUGCCAACCUAAAACUUUAUUACUGUGCUAACUUUCCUGCUGCUGAAAAGAAAUGCAGGGAUAAAUAUCUCUUACGCUGCAAACCGAGUGUGUGUAAUUAAGAAAGAGAGGCGAUUUUCAAGUACAUACGUAGGAGGAGGAGGAGGAGGAGGAGGAAAGUCCUUCCUGGUCUGAUCCAAUGCAUGUUUGCAAAGCCCUGUCUGAGUUCAAGAGGACUUACUCCCCAGGGAGAGCUCAUAGGAUUGCUUUCUUGGAAAGUCUCCCGGGAGUUGGCUGGGUUACUGAGCUGUGCUGCCUUUAAACUUGAUCUAUCUCAUGCCGUGGGGUUUUUUUUAACGAUGGUGCCCAGGGACACCCUUCUCCCUGCCCCAACAGCCCAAUCCUAAACAGGGUUACUCAGGAAUCAGUUCUGUUCAUUUUGCACAGGACUUACUCCCAAGUAAGUGUGCAUGAAAUGGCAGCUAAGCAGCCUGUACCUGUAUACGGUUACUAAUUCCUGCAGAAUUCAAUAGGAUUUACUUCCAAUGAAGUGUGCUUGGGAUGUGAGUCAAAAACCAACCAACCAGUGUUCCACCCUUUUUUUGCCUUUCAAACUUGCUGGACUUCCUCCGAAAUCAAGGAAGCGAAAUUCCCUGGGUGAGAAACACAGUCUUUCUGACCCCCUCCUCACAAUCAGGUGGGGCCCCAAACAGUUUCCAACCUCCUGGCGAACGCAGGCAAAAUGUAGGCACCUGCCAGAUAGCAGCAGAGUUUCAUGGCAAGGAUUUGUGUUGCUUGGUGCAAUGCUGGAUGCGGCUUCAAAAUGAUGAUGAUGAUGAUGAUUUAAAUUGCCCUUUAGCAGUUGGAGGAAGGGGGGAGAGUAGAUUAGAGAGCAGGCGAAGAGGCUUCAGUGGCCACAAGAUGCAACCCUACAGGCUGUACUCAGAAAGUGUUUUUGGAGUGAGAAGAGAGAGCGAUCAGCCUGUGUCUGUCUUUCUGUUUUCUUUUUUUAAGGAAGCUGAGAUCCCUCAAGAGGUGAUUGAAAGGCUGGCUCACAGCGAGAUCCACAGCAUCCGUGACCUGCAGCGCCUCCUGGAGAUUGACUCCGUAGGUAAAUUAUUUCCAUGCUUUUCCCCCUUACUUUCUGCUUUUUUGAGAUGAUAAACGAAUUGCCAGUUAAAUCCAUGUCAUCUUACGAAACGGUCAAAGAGAAAAAGAGAGAGAUACUGCUUUGGGGAGUGAUGCGUUUUCCUUAAAAACCUCUGUGGGGAGUCGCCGGCGGCUCUGCACAUGGGACUGAUGCUUUCCAAAUGUCUUCUGUCCACUCUUAAAUUCGCUCCUGCUUUGGGCAGGCAGAUGGAACCCAAAGGUCAGCUUUCAGGGAUGCAGGCUGAGUCAGGCAUUUUUCCCAAGCCGCGGGAACAUUUCGGCCUCAGGACAGAGAGUCACUGCUUCCAGCCCGACCCAGCGUUGUAUUUUGAGUUCUUGCACGUCUGUGUGUAUAGGGGAUGCAUCUUAAAAAACACGGCAACCUUGCUGGAUUGAAGGAAGGAGUGGUCUGGCUUGGUUUAUUGUCUUUUCCUGGGUGCUUCUACAAGCAGGGUUUGAAGCAAUCGCCUUCCCCAGAAGGUUGACCCCCAGGCAACCUGAAUUCUGCAGUACAGAGCCUUUGGAGCUUGGCCCCCUGUUUUGCCAUUAUGGCUAGCAGCGCUUGUGUGUCUGACCAGAUCAGUUGUGCUCAUGCUUUUGAACUGUUGGUUGUGUGGCUGUGAUUGUGUUUGACAUCCAGUGACGGAACUCCUGCUUUCGGUGGUCUACACGAGCAGGGAACUUCUUUUGCUGCUGUUUUUAUUUUUUAUUUUUUGGCAUUUGUGCCUUGCCUUUCUUCAAAGCAAGAAUUGUGAAAUUCUACUAUGACUUUUCAUUUAUGUGGUACAAAAUGUGGAAAAUGUACUUAAAUUCUUCAUUGGGUUCACAUGUGCAGUAAUCUUAGUUUGUGUUGUGCGGGGUUUUUUUGUUUGUUUGUUAAUAUUCCAUUUUUGCAGCAGGGAACUGAGGAUGACAGCUAAGGCCUAACUAAGUUGGACUUUGAACUCACAGGGUUGCACCCAAUGUUUGUCCCACUCAGAAUAGACCUGUUAAAAUUAAUCAACACAGUUCUCGUCGGCCCACUGAUUUCAGUGGUGCAACUCAGAGUAGGACUUAGUUGGAUGCACACAUUCUGCCCAUCUAUAAAAUCAAAAUGUUCCCCUACUUUUGAUUGGACAGAUUUAGGGUUGGUUCACCCAUGCUUUUACCAUCACGUGAUUUUCCUUCAUUCAGCAGGCAAUCCUUUCCUGGGAGUAAGCCCCAUUGUACUCGAGGAGGCCUACCUGUGAGUAGGCAUGCAGAAGAUUACCUGAGGGCUGCUGGCUUAAUGUGUGAAGUUCCACCCAAAAGUAUUGUGUUUGGAUUGAGUCAAUACGGAAAUUCUGUCUGCAGUGUUAGCUGAUGUUGCAGUCAUCAAGUGAUGAAUGUGUCUGGGUGAACCAUGGAAUUUCAGCUGCCACAGGCAAACUUCGAUAGAGGAUCCUGUGCACGUGGUGGUUCUUUCCUAAUGUAAAAAUGGGGUAUUUAUUUGUGUGUAGAGUUCCUAACUGGCCUGCUCUUGCAAGAUACUAUACCUGUGUGUCAGAACUCUACACUUUGCAUGAUCAGCAAUGCAGCUUCAAUAUAGCCUCAUAAUUUAAACCUCCCCACAGCCCAGAAGUGUUGUAGGUGGCUGUGACUUUUAUAGGUUCAGGAUAAUUUCUCCAACCAGGAAGAACUCCCAUCACAUUGCCUCUAAUUCAUGCCACUGUGUUGUUAUCUUCAAGAUCUAUUGCCUUGGGUUCAUUUGUAAAAAAAUAUUCCAAGUCGUGUUUAUGAAUGAAGUCAUGUCUCUACAAGAUGGUGGUGGCUGCUUUCUUCUUCUUCUCCAGUGAAAGGAAAAAUAAACUCCUUCCUUUUGACUUUAAACAGAAAGCCUGCUCCAUUGAGCUUCCAAACAAUCGGCAUUCACAUUUUUUAUUUUUUAUUAAAUAGCCCAAGGUUAUUUUCUGCAUCAUUAGAUCUACAAAUGCUUCGAAGGGCAAACGUGCAAUUUGCUAAUAUUUCUGUACUGCAACAGACCCAUCCUGCUAUUAAAUCUGAUCUCUCACAGUUGUCAUUGUUGAGUCCAAGCAGAUUUCACGAUUAUGUACUAUGCCGGGAGUGAUUGCUUUGUUUAUUUUGCAAAAAAAUAUGAAAGGGGAGGGGGGGAAAUGCUAUUUAUUUAUUUAUUCUUUUAAAGGCAAGGGAAGUCUCUACCAAUCUUGUAUCCUGAGUCAGGAAUCUGGCAUGUCGCUGCUUGUGUUGUUAAUAGUGGAGCUGCUCCAUUUAAACAAAGACUGCAUAGUUGCUAUGCUUUUUUUCCUUCCAAAAAAUAAAAUAAAAUUGCAGGGGCCCUUUGAAAGUUCCUCCUGAGUUACUUCACAGAUACAUUCCUCCCCUCCCCUCAGGAGGAGCGCUCUAAUUUCAGUGGGCCUACUCUAGGGGACAUAGCAUCAAGUUUGCAUCCAAAAGGUAGGAUCCACUGGGAACAGUUUUGCUUGGCAAGUCUUACUUCCAUAGAGCUGCAGAAGUUGCAACCAAAAUGACUGUGUCUUUCCCUGCAAGGGCAGUUGAGGGCAUUUGGGGGAGUUGGGCAGGAGGAAGACCACAAACAGCACAGUUCUGUUGUAAUAUCUGCUCUGAGGUCAGCCCUGCUGGGUUCAAUGGGAGUUGGUCCCAGCUAGGUGUGAAGCCCAGCGAAGAGUAUGAUAGAGCAGGAGUGGCCCACCUGUGGUCCUCAGCAUGUUGUUGGAUUGCAGCGCCCAUCAGCCAAAGUCAGCAUGGCCAGUUGUCAAGGGUGAUGGGAGAUGUAGUCCCGGCAACAUAAAGGCGGCUUCCUUCCUUGCUGUAACACCUGCUCCACGAUGGUUGUGAAAUGGAAAACUUAAUGAAUCUGAAUGUUAGAAAGUUUGGGUAAAACAAAGCAAGUCUUCACCCAACAUCCAACGAAUGUAUCAAAACCACUGUCUUCAGGUCUUUAACAGGAGAUCAGACAAAUUUUGGGGGAAAGGGGUCUGUGACUGGCUGCUAGCCAUGAUAACUGCAUAGCAGAUGUAGGGAACUUUGGGGUCUCUCGAUGUUGCUGAACUACAGUUCCCAUCACCCCGGCAAGCGUGGUUGUUUUGUUGGCCGAGGAUGAUGGGAGUUGUAGUUUCACAGCACUUGGAAGGGCUAAAAGUCCCCCAGACUUGCUAUAUAGGGUUGUAUUCCAAUGUGAGUCAUACUCAAGAGUAGACCCAUUGAAAUGAAUGGGCCCAAGCAAGUUAAGGUCAUUAAUUUUAGUGGGUCUGCUUGGAGCAUGAUUAACGUUGGAUCUAAUCCAAGGAAUUCUAAUAGCUACAUAGAACCUCCAUGUUCAAGGGCAGUAUACCACCGGGAGGUGAGAGAUGGGCAACAGUCUUCAUUGCCUUCAUAGCCUCCUCUGGAUUUCCUAGACGUGUCUGGUUAGGAAGCAGGAUUAGGUGGGCCUUUAGAAUCCUAUGUUAAGACCCUCAGAGAUCCAUCUAGUCCACCAACCUUCUUCUCAGAAUUGUCAUAAGAAUGCAAGAAGAGUCUUGCUGGCUCAGUCCAGAGGUCAUUCUUGUCCAGUGAUCUGUUCUUAAAGUGACCAGUCAGACGCUGAUGGGCAGUCUACAAGCAAGGCAUGAACACUGUUCCCACUCAGGUUCCCAAGGAUUCUAUGGUUUUGAGAGACAUGUUCUACCCAGUAGUGAAGGUAGUGCUAUCAGCUUUUAAUACCAGGAGCUGAGACCUGGAGUAGGUGAAGCUGCUGCUAAGCCAAUAUGCAAAGUUCCCUCCCCACACCCCUAAGUAACGCAGCAUUUCCUCACUUCAGUUAGGAUUAAGGAGCUGGUGUAACAUAGUGGCUGAAGGAACUGAGCCGAGAGCAUCUCUGCUUUAACACUACAGUGUUAUGUAUGUUGGUGUGGAAGUAAGUCUCAUAAUGGAAAGUGCGCUUAGAUUGCACAUCUCACCUUGUCCUUGAACUCACUGAGUGUCCUUAGCAGGGUCUCCUGAAGCGCAAAAGAAGAAUCCAGCUGGAACAGGACCAAAGGGCCGUUCAGUCCAGUACCCAGCUCUCCCAGCGAUCAGUCAGAGGCAUAUGGGAAGCCCAAAAGCAGGACAUGAGCACAAUGUCCUUGCCCUUUCCUGCUCAUGUUCCCCAGCAUCCGAUAUUAGGGACUUACUGCCCCUGAUACUGAAGGUCUUGGUCUGGUCAGUGUCUGGAUGGGUGACCGCCUAGGAACUACAUGUACGCUGCUUUGGGUUCCUUGUAUGUAGGAUGUAAGAACAAAAUGCGGGGUGAGCUCCCAUUGCUUCAUCCCAGCUCCUGCCAACCUAGCAGUUCGAAAGCACACCAGUGCGAGUAGAUAAAUAGGUACCACUGCGGCGGGAAGGUGAAUGGUGUUUCAAUGUGCUCUGGUUUCCGUCACAGUGUUCCCUUGUGCCAGAAGCGCUUUAGUCAUGCUGGCCACAUGACCUGGAAAAGCUGUCUGUGGACGAACGCCGGUUCCCUCUGCCUGAAAGCGCCGAAAACCCAUUAUCACCUUUGACUGGACACCUUCCAGGGGUCCUUUAACUUUUACCUUUGUGGUUAGAGGCUAGGAUUCAAAUCUCCACUCAGUCAUGAAACAAACUGAGUGAUCUCCACUCGCUUCAUUCAUAUUUUUACCUGUCCCCAUCAUGUCCCAAAUAGCUCCGUUGGUUAGAGCAUGGUGCUGAUAAGACCAAGGUUGCAGGCUCACAACAGCUGCAUGUUCCUGCAUUGCAGGGGGUUGGACUGGAUGACCCUCAGGGUCCCUUCCAGCUCUACGAUUCCAUGUUCUGUGUCCUCUCCUAUUUGCCUCUUUUAUUUUGUUGUUAACCAAGAAGCCCCAAAUGUUGCAAACUUUCCUUAUGCGGGGGCUGGCCUCAGCCGCUUGACCACUGCGUCUGACAAAAUAUUUCCGGAAGUCUACAAGUGGGGUGUGAAGGUAACAGCCCUCAACUCUUGCAUGCAUAAGAACAUAAAGGGAACUUGCUGGAUCCGGCCAGUGGCCCAUUGAGUCCAGCAUCCUGUUCUAGAUGCCUGUGGGAAACCCACAAGCAGAUCCUGAGGGCAAGAGCAGUCUCCCCUCCUGUAGUUUUCGGCAAUGGCAUUUGGGAGCAUUGCUGCCUGCAGCUGGAAGCAGAACAUAGCCUUUGUGACUAGUAGACAUUGAUAUUCUUCUCCAUGAAUUUGCCCAAUCUAUUUUAAGCCAUCCAAGUUGGUGGCCAUCACUGUUUCCCAUGGGAGCAAGUUCCAUAGUUAACCUUGCUCUGUGCAAAGGAAGUACAGUGGUACCUCGGGUUACAGACACUUCAGGUUACAGACUCCGCUAACCCAGAAAUAGGACCUCAGGUUAAGAACUUUGCUUCAGGAUGAGAACAGAAAUCGCGUGGCGGCAGCGGGAGGCCCCAUUAGCUAAAGUGGUACCUCAGGUUAAGAACAGUUUCAGGUUAAGAAUGGACCUCUGGAACGAAUUAAGUUCUUAACCCAAGGUACCACUGUAUUUUCUUUUACCUGUUUUCAGAAGUACUGAAGUUGAGUUGUUCACGUCUUUGUCAGGCCUUCCUGAUCUGACAGGGCUGUGAUAUCAUCAUGCUUGUGGGGCCUUAGCCUGACAGUGCUAUCCUGUGGCACCAUCCUACUGUCAGGGUUGGUAGGAAUUGGCGCUGAAAAUAUUGUGUGGGCUGCUUUGAAGGAAUUCUUGUGUAGGUUCUGCAUGUUUAUGGAAGGCAUAAGGCAUUCCUUGGAUUGGGAUGGUAUUUUGGAACAAAGGAUGCUAUGCAAGCGGACAGCUUUGAUUCAUAAUUUGUGAGAAGCCAGGAGUAUUUUAUUGUGCAGCUGUAGAUCAGCACAAGAAGGCCCCGGUGUCGUCUUGAGUUGCCAAGAUCUGUUUCUGCCCCCUGUGACAUUUCUGUAGUUUUUGCUUGCGAUCUGAGGAGCAAGCUCAGAAGCUUGGGAAUGUCCAGAGAGUUUAGGUAUUUUACAUCUCCCUUUUAAAACUGCAUAUCACAAAGUAUCUACGCAGACACAAGUGUAUGUACAAUUUUUUUAAAAAAUAAAAAACCCCACCUAAAUGGCAAAGAACCUAGUCUGUCAAUUACGUUGUGUUCUGGUGGGUUUGGGCUUCUGAACCUAGUCUCAGAUUCUAUAGACCUUGAUGUGCCAGGCAGGUUGAAUGCCCAUCCCCACCACAAAUUUCUUCAUUAAAUUUUCAGCACGACUGGACUCUUGUCAACUGAAUGGUCCCUUUUAUUUAUUGGAGGUACUCAUGCAAGGAAACACUGGUUUCUUAAGGAAGGAUUUAAUAUUGUGUUUUAAUUGUUGUUACCUGCCCCUGGGACCAUUGCAUGAAGGAUGGGUAAUAAAUGGUGGUGGUGGUGGUGAUCCUGAAUGGGGUAAUUGUGCCCCUGAAAGACCAGGUGUGCAGCCUGGGAGUCAUUUUGGACUCACAGCUGUCCAAAAUGCAGGUCAGUUCUGUGUCCAGGGCAGCUGUCUACCAGCUCCAUCUGGUAGGCAGGCUGAGACCCUACCUGCCCGCAGAUUGUCUUGCCAGAGUGGUGCAUGCUCUAGUUAUCGCCUGCUUGGACUACUGCAAUGUGUUCUACGUGGGGCUACCUUUGAAGGUGACCUGGAUACUGCAACUAAUCCAGAAUGCAGCAGCUAGAUUGGUGACUGGGAGUGGCUGCUGAGACCACAUAACACCGGUCCUGAAAGACCUACACUGGCUCCCAGUACAUUUCCAAACACAAUUCAAAGUGUUAGUGCUGACCUUUAAAUCUCUAAACGGCCUUGGCCCAGUAUAACCAAAGGAGCAUCUCCACCCUCAUCGGUCAGCCCAGACACCGAGGUCCAGCUCUGAGGGCCUUGUGGUGGUUCCCUCACAGCGAGAAGUGAAGCUACAGGGAACCAGGCAAAGGGCGUUCUCUGUAGUGGUGCCCGCCCUGUGGAACGCCCUCCCAUCAGGUGUCAAGGAAAUAAACAACUAUCUGACUUUUUGAAGACAUCUGAAGGCAGCCCUGUACAGGGAAGUUUUUAAUGCUUGAAAUUUUAUUCUGUUUUUAGUCCUCUGUUGGGAGCCGCCCAGCCAGAUAGGCGGGGUAUAAAUAAUAAAAUUAUUAUCAUUAUCAUUAUUAUUAUUGAUUUGUUGGUGCCCUCUCAUUCCCUGACUGUCCCAAGGAGUCUCCUGUUCUUCAGAGUGUCUCGCUUUAUGGAAUUCAGGAAGGAUAAUUGUGAUUAAAAACAGCCCCUUUCUCUUUUGAGUUUUGUUGGGUGAAAGAGUUUUCUCUUGCUUUGCAACAGAUUCUGAUGCUGCGUUUUAGAGGAUGAACGGCUGAUAAUGCCUUCUCAUAAAAUUAGAAACCACACCCCCAGAUCAUCUGCCAUCAUGUUAAGAAUAAUCAGCAUUCAGCAACACAGCGCUUUAAUCAAUCUUUCUGACUUUUUUUAUUGCAAAAAGGCCAGAUUGUUCUUUUACGGUCUGGUCUUGUAAAACAAUGGAAACUCUCGUUGGAGUUUUAACAGGAAGAUUUGGGUUUUGGGCAGACCCGGGUGGUGAGUUAGCUACUGUCUGAUCCAGCAGAGCAUUAUGUGGGUAGUGUUCCGUUUGCUUAGAAUGAUUAUUGUUUACCAUUUUUUCAGGGUUCUGUUCCUCACUGUAGCUUCUGGUUAACCACUGUGUGAAACAGGAUGCUGGAUUUCUUGGGCAUUUAGUCUGAUUCAGCAGAGGUUUUUUUCUUACCAUCUGAAAUCCCGUCAUGUCUAGGGAAUUAAGAGUUCAAAUUCAACAAGUGUUCCUCCCAACUUCUGAGCAUGUUGCUGCCUGAUGGUGGAUUGCUCUUUACCACCUCCUUUCUGUGACAUAAGAGCAGCUAAGCCAAUGGCAGCUGCCCAGGCUCACUGUGACAUAAGAGCUGAUUAGCCAAUCACAUCAUCGAGAGAGGCAGGGCGAUAAGAGAACUAAGAGGUCAAGGAGGAAUUUGGCAGAGUGAAGAGGUGAGAAGUGGAGGUGCGGAGGGGGCAGCUGGAGAAAGUAAAUAUAUCUCCUUACAGUAAGCUGUCGCAUAUGGUGACUGCAACCUGGGCAUUCACAAAAGCAAUGGACAGAGGAAGAGAAGGCAAGAAAGUUGUGAAGAAAGUAGCAUUACAGAAUCACUUCUUGAUGCGUUACAGCUUUCCAGAGUGCUGAUUGAUAAGAACAACUUGUUGCGCAGGAUUCAUCUGCAUUUCAGGAGCAGGCAAACUCUUCAGCUCUGAUGGCCACUAUGAAUCCUUGCCAACUCUCAUUACUCAUUCAAACUGUACUGCCUUUCGUGUGUGACCAUUGCAAGGCUGCGUACAGAAAUUACAUUACAGCUUCCUUGCAGGAUAGCAAGUAGAAUCAAAUAAGUAGCAAGAAAUUAAUGUAAUGGCUCUACCAGUGUGGUGUAGUGGUUCAGAGCGGUAGACUCGUAAUCUGGGGAACCGGGUUCGCGUGUCUGCUCCUCCACAUGCAGCUGCUGGAUGACCUUGGGCUAGUCACACUUCUCUGAAGUCUCUUAGCCUCACUCACCUCACAGGGUGUUUGUUGUGGGGGAGGAAGGGAAAGGAGAUUGUUAGCCGCUUUGAGACUCCUUAGGGUAGUGAUAAAGCAGGAUAUCAAAUCCAAAGUCUUCUUCUUCUUGUACACAUCUGGGACUCUUGUUGCCAGACAGCAACCAGAGGACCUACUUUAUUGAUCAAUGCGGUGCACAAAGUGAUGUACAGAUUAUGGACUUGUUUACGUCCAUUGUGUGGGCUAAUUCUUCAAAGAAAUAAUUGAGAAUGACUUCAAAAGAAGAAUAUGAAAAUGUCAUGAAUUGGGCCGUCUUUCUUGCCGCCUCCUUGUUUUUCACUAGCUCCUUUUGCUUUUCCUGCAUUGCAGAGAGUUGGACUAGAUGGCUUGUCAGGGUCCCUUCCCUCAGAUAUUUCUCUGUUGUCACCUGAAGGCCACCAGCCUUGUGUGAAGGGAUAUUUGCAAGAUAAAGGCAGAGCUAUUGCACUGCAAAUGUUCCAUGGGUACUUGCAGGCAUGUGUGGUGGUUCUGUAUGGUCUACUUUUCAUGUGGGCUGUUAGUAAAAAACACACCUCUCGCCCACAAAAACAAAGAUUGCAUGCUAUUACUAUGACCUUUUAAUCUUCAAAAAGUGUGCCUACUGUUCAGAGGUUAGCGGACAGUAUUCCCAAGCUUCCCUCAGUCGGGCACAAUCCUGAUCUGACCCUGAAGCUACAGCAGCACCCUCCCCUUUGGUAGAGUAGUUUCUGCUGUUUCUGCUAACGUUGUUUAUUUAUUUAAUUAAAAGAAAGGGAAGAAAAAAGAUUCUUCAAGGUGACUUAUGGAGGCAGUCCAGAAUUCCAUCCUCCUGGCUGUUUGCCGCCACCGGAGAUGUAAAAACACAAUUAAUCGGUUUGCUUGGCAUUCUCAGUAGUUCACUAUUUUCUGGAAAAAGAAACAGUUGUUUUAAAAAUAAUGACAACUUGAUUGUGCUCUGAUGGUGGAGGCUUAACCCUCUCCAACGAAAACAGAAACCCAACCCAAUAUUGGCUGCUUUCCUAGGGGGCACUCUGUACAUGGCUUGUGGAAAUAAUAAUAAUAAUAAUAGGUUUUUGGAAACAAAGUUUGCAAUUCUAAUUUGGAACCUGGGGUUCCUGGAGCCCAGCUGCAUGAUUCUUGCUCUCACAAGAGAUUUGCAUGUGCAGCAUGUGUGUGUGUGUUGAUAGAUGGAGCCCCCCCCCCCCCCCGGAGAAGUUUGAAGCAUUUUCUGUUCUGCCCUCUGACUUAAGCUUGUUCAUUCUUCAUUGCUACUCUUGGGCAUCUUGCUCACCCACAAAAAUCAAAGAGUGUGCCUAAUAUUUUGGAAAUCUAAUCCAUUGCAAUCCUUUGCUGAUUUAAACCUGAGUAGAGGGGUAGCAGAGCAGGUAAUUCCUCAAAGAGGUAAUGUGUAAGAAUGGUAUGAUAGCAUCUUCUCGUGAGCCACCUGGAAACUGUCAGUUUUUAGAGCAAACCUCUGUAUUUUUACUCCCUGCCUCCAGGCAUAGUUAUAAAUGCUUACAUGCUAUCAUGGUAUUCUUUCUGGUUAAGUCAUUGACUGAAUAACGCUAGAUAGAUGCAGCAUACUUUUGCUAUUGUGAUAUUAUUAUUAUUAGAUUAUAGGUUCGAUGUAAUGGAUCACUGAGUUAGGGGCGAGUUGGGUGCAUUUCUUUAAAAAUCUACAACGCCAACUCAGAGCGACAUUCGUUUAAAACAGACUGCUCUUACCCAAGGCUUUGUUGAGGGUAUUUGUGGGAAAUCAACUGGGCUCUGUUUGGCUGAAUUCUUUGAAGGCAAAAGUCAAGAAUUUCAUAACAUGAGCAUGGCAUCAAAGGACCCUCGCUUUUGCACACAAAUCCUCCACCUUGCAAGCCUUCCAGUUGUUUGCUUUGACUAGGUACAGCAGCUAUUGUCUCUUGUCUGCUGAAUUUCUGCCUAAAUAAUGAAGCUUCCUUGGCAGCUGGGUUGCUUCCAGAUGUUAGCAGUACCCCUUACACUGCAGCGGUUCUCAACCUGUGGAUCCCCAGAUGUUGUUGGACUACAACUCCCAUCAUCCCUGAGCUCCGGCCUUGCUAGUUAGGGAUGAUGGGAGUUGCAGUCCAACAACAUCUGGGGACCCACAGGUUGAGAAAGGCUCCUUACAGUAUUGCUGUUUGGCUUCAAGCAGAAUGGCAACUGCUUCCAGAGCUCUGGAAUCCAAUUGACACUGUAUGAGAGCCCGCUUUUCCCGGGCACAAUUUUCUUUUUCUUACCAAGGUUCCUGUUAUGAACCAUGCUCAGCUUCGAGGGGGAUUCUGGUAUCAAGGGGGAUUCAGUCCAAAGCAAGCAGCAAUAUGUCUGCCUAAUGGAUUUACUAAGGGGAUACACAACCUGCAUUUGUCCCACAUCUUUAAAGCAACAUGAUACUGCUUUAAAUACACAUGACCUGGCUUCCUCCAAAGGAUUCUGGGAGCUGUAAUUUAAGUGUUAAGUUUGUUAGGAGACCCCAAUUCCACAGAACUACAAUUCCCAGAGUUCCUGUGGAGAGGGAUUGUUUGGAAACUGUAGUUCUGGGCGGGGAAUAGGCAUCUGCUAACAACCCUCAGCUCCCUAAAACAACAGCAUACAUUUGUUGACCAAGAAAAUGAUGAGGGACUGAACUAGUUGGGUUGUUUCUGACCAUUUGUGUUUGGGGCUAUGCCCACUGCCCCUGUUGUAAGCCUAGAGGCCUAGUUAUAAAGGCUAGGCCUAAAUACAGGCCUCAAGUAUUGCUAUUACUCUUAGUAAUAAAUUUAUUGCCUGCCUUUCACCAGCAGGUCCCGGGGUGGUUUACAACAGUUUAAAGUCCAGUACAGUGGUACCUCAGGUUAAGUACUUAAUUCGUUCCUGAGGUCCGUUCUUAACCUGAAACUGUUCUUAACCUGAGAUACCACUUUAGCUAAUGGGGCCUCCUGCUGCUGCCGCACAAUUUCUGUUCUCAUCCUGAGGCAAAGUUCUUAACCCGAGAUAAUAUUUCUGGGUUAGCAGAGUCUGUAACCUGAAGCGUAUGUAACCCGAGGUACCACUGUAUUCAAAAAGUUAAAACGGAUUACAGGCACAGGAAUAGGCUGGGUUCUCAAAACACACAUGUCAUAUGUCAAAGAACCAGGGUAAAGAGGUGUGUUUUCAGUAUUCGCCAAAAUUUGUAUGGUGAAGAUGCCAGAUGCAAAAUCAAGAGAAUUAGGUGCGUGUGAGGGGCUCAGAUCAAGGCUGUGGGUAUCACUUGGCAAUAUUUUGCCACGUGUUAAGACCCUAGCUGCCUGGCAGGCCUACCACUAAUGCCUGCCCUACAGCUCCUCCUAAACUUUUUUUUUUAAAUCAAUGACAGGAGACUAGGUCUAGCUGCCAUUAUAAUCCCCCACAGCAGCACUUCGUUAUGGCAUCUUCCUAAUGGGAGUUUCUCUGAACCACUUUUGUAUCUGAGGAGUGAAGAUACAGUUUCGUUGCCCAUGAAAAUAUACACACUCGUGACACAUUGAGUGUAAACGUUUAUUUAGUGUCUGUUUUGAACGCUGCACUUAAAACGUUUUUUGGAUUAGUCAUCAGCCUUCGCGGAUGUGGAUGACCUGGUUAGCUUUGGAGAAUAUGAAGGAGUUGUCUUGUAGUGAGAUGUAGGAAUCUGGGGUAUAUUGAAAGCCUUUGAUCUGCCCAGCUCAGUAAAACUGGCAGUAGCAUACCCUCCAACAUUUCUCCAAUGAAAAUAGGGAUGCCCUAUUCAAUAAUAAUAAUAAUAAUACCCCACCCAUCUGACUUGAUUGCCCAAGUCACUCUGAGCAGUUUCAUAAUAAAACAUUUUUAAUUAAAAAAACCCACUUUAUAUGUCUUCUAAAGGUUGUAUAGUUACUUAUCUCCUUGGCUCAGGGGUCGCACAAGCUUGCCAGGAUUUUGGGCAGCUGCCCUUCCCAGCCCUACCUAGAGAUUCUGGGGCUCAAACCUGAGAUUUCCCACCCUCUCUUGCCCUCCCUGAGCCAAACUAUUGGUCUGUGUGGUCCAAUACAGUUCACUCUGAAGUUGCAAAAGUGCAAGAUGAUGCGUUUGACUUGUUCUGUUAAAAAAAAAAAAAUUGCAGGCAGAGAUUUCCCCCCGUAGCUCUCCUGUUUAUGGGAGAUCCUGCAGGAGGUUAUAAUACAAAACUCAUUGAAUAGAAUCCGUCCAUGAAGCUGCUAGUGAAAGAUUUUGGGAAUCAAUAGAAGAAUAACCUGUUCUACAGUUGCUCCCCGUUUGUGGAACUGUGGUUUAGCUGUGUUGUGUCUGGACCUGGCAGAUGAUGAAAGCAGUAAGUGGGGGAACUGUGGCCCUCCGUAGAUUAUUUGACUCUCAAACUCCUAUUAGCCCUAGCUAGCAAGGCCAGCAGUCAGGGGCGAUGGGAAUUGUAGUCCAACAGUGUUUGUAGAGCCACAGGUUCCCCAUCCUUGCAUUUGUUAGAUGGCCCCUGUCAUCCUUGCUAUCUGGCCACCCUAGAGAGAGAAGGAGAAGGUUGGUACAAAACAAUGGGUCCUGUUUUUCCUGGUUGGAGUUAACAGUGGGUCUUUUGUCUGCCUUUUGUGGCCCUUAGCCCUGUGCAUUGUCAUAAUUCGAAUGCCUCUUGUUGACUUGUCAUACAGCCAGUCUGUCUCAUUUUCCUGUGUCAAAUUGCCGCAGAGAGAAAUAGAGAGGUAAUGAUGGCGCACUUCGCAAAUUGACCUGUUUAUUCAACGGGAGGCCUGCUCCCUGGGCCCUUUCCAUUAGACUGAGGAGCAAUUUCUCAUUGGCACUGUAUCCGAGAAAGCCUCUUCAUCUAUUUAUGUAUUAGCGAGUCAAUGACAUGAUGGAGGAGCAACAAAAACAACAACAACCCCAGCCUGGCAGAAGAAGAAAGCAAAACGAAAAACAAAUUUAGCUACAUUAAUGGACAAAGUAGGACAAAUUGCUUGAGAUGUGAGAUCUUUCAUAACAAAAAUGUCAGUAAAGCAAAGAAUGAGAGAUGAAAAAGAAAACUUGUUUUGUUAGCUAGCUGCUGGGGAAAAUCCAUUAAAAAAAGAAAAGAAAGGCAAUUGAUUAUUUAUAUAUUAUAUCUGUGAGCCACCUCAUAAAAUAAAUUCUCUAGGUGUUGUACUAUAUAUAUAUUAGUUAUAUUAUAUAUAUGUAUAUAUAUGUGUGUGUGUGUAUAUAUAUAUAUAUAGUAUAAAACCACAUUACAGUGGUACCUCUGGUUACGUACUUAAUUCGUUCCGGAGGUCCGUUCUUAACCUGAAACUGUUCUUAACCUGAAGCAAAACUUUAGCUAAUGGGGCCUCCCGCUGCCGCCGCGCCGCCGGAGCACGAUUUCUGUUCUCAUCCUGAAGCAAAGUUCUUAACCCGAGGUACUAUUUCUGGGUUAGCAGAGUCUGUACCCUGAAGCGUAUGUAACCUGAAGUGUAUGUAACCCGAGGUACCACUGUAUAAUGAAGCCACAAUAAGAUUAACAUGCUACCAACAUAAUACUCCAAAUACAAAACCAUCAAAUUGAAAAUAUUAUUUGCAGCCCAGAACUAAAACAGUCAUAAAAUACAAGCUUUAAAACCACCUUAAAAGGCCAUGGAGAACUUAAAAGUCUCAAUCUGGUGCCCAAAAGGCAGCAGUUUGGGUACCAGGUGGGAUUCUCUAAGAAAAGCAUCCCAUAGCCAGGAGGUCCCACUUCUCUGCUUUCUCCCAAGAUGUACCAGGAGAUCCACUCUAGGAAGAUUCUGGCACAGUAUUGCCUACACUGAGUGGCCUCAGUUCUCCUAUAUGUGUUCUACUCACAGGUAAGUUCAAUAGGCUUCACCUCCCUGAUAAGUGUGUUUAGGAUUGCAGCUGUUAAAAAAUGGUUGAUUUACUUUAGAAAAAAUAGUAAAGUCACGUGCUUCAUCAGGUAGCAGCGGAUUAGAAAAGACUCAUAAUUUUUAAAAAUGCAAAUAUUUAUAAAAAAUGGCAGAUGGGAAGCAUCAUAUUGGAAGAUGCAUUUACUUUUAAGACAGAAUUUCUCCUUUAAGGUGUUUGCUACUCAUCUGCAGAGGGCUAGCCUUCAAGUACGUUCUGAGGCAAUGCACAUUUAAGUGAAAUCGCGUAUAUUGGGAACACCAUUGGAACAAACCUUCAAACGCCUCAAUAACUCCCUCCAAACUUCUUCGCUCAAACUCCAACUCUCUACAAGCCUCAAAGGUUGGUGCAAGGGCUCCUGGGAUUGCACUUGCAAAAGCUUGUGAAAUUGCUAGAUGCUGUUUCUGUGCCAUUUUUGCCGUUUUCAAGUUCUUUUAGGGCUGUUUUUGCCCCUUCUCAUGCCACUUCCGGGUUUGCGGCGACAUGUCCGUUCGCAGUUGCACAUGCCCAGAAUGUGUGCAAAUGAGGAGUUGCCUGUAUUUGAUACACGCUUCUAAGAACCCGAAUUCCCUCUUGCAAGAAUUUGAAGUAUUUCUCUCAUUCUAAACCCAGUUCCUACUAUAUUAACGUUCCCUGCUUGGAUUCGCCUGACUGAAAGCUGACUCGCUAGACAUCUUUCCUGCUUAUUCCUCCCAAAACUGAAAUUCUCCACCCCACCCCCUGUCCCUUUCAAAGCUUUGAUAAGAACAGUGCAUGCAUGGGCUAUUCGUUGGUUGUUUGGGCGCGAUGAUGCAGAGAUGACUUAGCUUAGAUGCUGCAAGAAGAAGAAGAAGAAGAAGAGUUUGGAUUUGAUAUCCCGCCUUUCACUCCCCUUCAGGAGUCUCAAAGCGGCUAACAUUCUCCUUUCCCUUCCUCCCCCACAACAAACACCCUAUGAGGUGAGUGGGGCUGAGAGACUUCAGAGAAGUGUGACUAGCCCAAGGUCACCCAGCAGCUGCAUGUGAAGGAGCGGGGAAUCGAACCCGGUUCCCCAGAUUACGAGACUACCGCUCUUAACCACUACACCACACUGGCAAGGGGUAUUCUGCAUCAGAAAGGAAUGCUGUGUGAGUAACAUAAAGAAGGGGGUUUGGAAGCUGACAUGACUCUACUGGGGGCAGGGAUCUGAAGUUAUGAGGAGUGUGAGCCUGAACCCUCCCCACAAGUCCGACCUGUGUGUGAGAGAGAUUUUGUUUUAAUGUGGGAAUGAAGAGGUUCAGCAGCCCAGCAAAUAAGAUGACAUGUAGCUAAUCCACAAACAUGUUUAUUUAAUGCAGGUGGAUAGUCAAGUGAUCAUAGGGACAUAGAAAGUUGCUUUAUAAUGAUACAGACCCUUGGUCCCUCUAGCUCUCAGCCAGUGUUCAAAACUCCCCUUUCAUUAGGGCAAGCAAUUUCUUGGCUGUUGAAAGUUCCAGGAUACUGCUUUAAAUGUGUGGUGCCGAUGGGGCCAGAGUUGAACUCUUAAAAGCUCAUUUUGUCAACCUUCUGACGGUGUAGGAAAUCCUGUACUAUAGCAUCCUGGAGAGGUAGCAACUCAGCCUCAGGUUAAAUCCUCUAUUGUGGGAGAGUCCACCAGCUUUCAGCGCAGUCUUUCCUACUGUUGAACAGCUGUUGCUGUUGAGAAGGUCUUCCUAAUAUUAGAUCAAAAUCCUCCCUAUUGUAGUUUGAACUCAUUUGUUUGGGUCCCACAGAAAGCAAAUCUGCUGAAUCUGUGAGAGCCCUUCAAAUGCCAUAUUUGUUUGAACUGUAAAAGGGCAAAAAUGAAAAUCUUUUAGUGUUUAUUCCGGAAUGUAAAGUUGGUUGCAAACUGGGUGGCGCAACACAGCUCUCAUGUUUGCAGACCUGACUCCAAAAUGAUUAUUCAUGAUGUUAUGGUUGUAAUCUCAGGAGCACACUAUAAACCUUUAUUGAUUUUAGCCAGGCUCACUCCAGGCUUCAGCUGCUGAAAGGAAUAAAACGACUGUCAAAGGCGCUUGCUGUCUGCAUCCAUGCGUUUCUGCUCAUAUAAAUGACAUCUCUGUUUUCAUUUUUCUUACGAACAGCAUCAACAAAAGAUUGAGAGCAUAUUGGAAUUUCGGUGGAAUUUCAUUUGCUGCGGCAAAGUUGGAGACACCCCGGUCUACUGCUGAGUCAAAUGUUUCUUUUGUCAAGGUGGCAGUAGUUGGGAUCUUUCUCUAGUGCAAUGGGCAGGCGUCUCUGUGACCCCACCCCGGUGUUGUACUUCAUUAGCUGCAGCCAACAUGGCCGGUGGUCAGGGUGAUGGGAGUUGUUGUGCAACAACAUCCGCAGGGCAUAGCUUCUUGCUGUGGAGUAGCAACGGUGCCUUGCCCAUGGGCUUCCUUGGAGGCAUCUUACUGGCCAUUGUGGGGGAACAGGAUGCUGAACUAGGUGGACCUCUGGUCUUCGGUCUUAAGUCUAUGAUGGCCCAUUUUGUUCAUGUCAUCAGUUGAUGUUGGAGUGAUGUUGGAGUACUAUAUACACUUCUUAGAGUAUAAGCCCAUUGAAGACAGCAUGAGUUACAUUGGAGUAACCCAAAUGCUGUGGUCUAAACCACUGAGCUUCUUGGGCUUGCCGAUCAGAAGGUUGGCGGUUCGAAUCCCCACGACCGUGUGAGCUCCCGUCGCUCUGUCCCAGCUCCUGCCAACCUAGCAGUUCGAAAGCACGCCAGUGCAAGUAGAUAAAUAGGUACUACUGCAGUGGGAAGGUAAACAGCGUUUCCAUGUGUUUUUGUUUCCAUCAUGGUGUUCCAUUGCGCCAGAAGCGGUUUAGUCCUGCUGGCCGCAUGACCCGGAAAGCUGUCUGUGGACAAAUGCCGGCUCCCUCUGCCUGAAAGCGAUAUGAGCACCACAACCUCAUAGUCGUCUUUGACUGGACUUAACCAUCCAGGGGUCCUUUACCUUUUACCUUUAUUACACCACAAGUCUAUGUUAAUAUCUCCUGAGUUCUACCUUAAAGAGUACACCCAUUAACAUAAAUCGGACUUUAAGUAAGACCAGAUUUGAAUCCAAUCCUGCCCCGUUCUUUGUUUACUAUCCAACCUGAAUAAGAGUUUCCCCUCUCUCCAAAUACCUUAAUUCAGAUGUUCAAAAACCGCAAAUAAGGAAUAAAGCAAAAUACAGAUAACAAACAAAGCAGGUGUUAGCAGUGGUACCUUCCAAUUUUAGAUACGUGCAUCAUGGAGUCUACAGUUUUUAACCCAGCAAAGUCUUGUCAUAAAGAACUGUGGGUUGAUGGUGCUGCUGUUGGAACAUCCUGCCUUAUUAGCAUAAGAUGUAAAGCAAAACCAGUCCAGUCCAAAGCCUCCAUCUCAUAAAAUAUCUGGGCGAUGUACCACAAUAUGUAUGCAUUUAAACAUAAAGCACCGCUAAAAACAGCACAAGAUCGUCAUUAAGAUCGCUGGCUAGUUAGCAAAAACGUUCUUCCAAGAGAUUCUUGGAAAGUGAGGAUGCCUGCUGCACCUCUGCAGGAAAAGCAUUCGACAGCAUGGAGUUAGUGAUGCUAGAUGCCUGACUUCCGGUGGAGGUUGGCUGGACCUCUUGUAUCAUGGGGGACAACUUGUAGGACUCAAUCUGCAUAAUCUUGGGGAUUGAGCUGGGAUUUUAGGAUUGGGAUAUUGUAUGUAGGAAACAUUUAGAACCUAUGGAUGAUACGCAUUUUGACCUUUAUUUGUUCCAGUUUAAAAUACGGAGGUUGUUAAAAUACAAUGAGAUUCAAGAAUCAGGUUGUUCAUGUGGGGUUUUUUUUUUUAACAGAUUGUUUUAAAGUUUAUUUUUAAAACCCUAAGUAAGAAAGGUUCAUAUGCUGAGCUAGGAUCUUAUGUGAGAAAAAUCAAUGCAUCUUUCUUUUUAGAAUGAUUGAGUAUGCUGAGGCAAAGAAAGUAGCCACAAGUCCGGAGGAGAGAAAAAAACCCAUGUUACAGUGGAUCAUUAAAGGCUAUUUAAGAUCAAAACCACUUUCUAGUCCCAUUUACUUCAAAGGAGACUCCAGAACUGUAAUUUAAAAACCACUGGGCUAGAUUCCCAACUGAACAUUAGUUGCUGGAUCAGGCCCAAAGGCCCAUCUUGCUCUGAGUUCUGGGGUUUGGGGAGAAAGUAAGAGUGAAGGCCAAGUGAGGAUUGCAUCAUGUAUUACUUUUGAAACUCAAAAAUUUAAUUCUGCAUAUGAAACACAUGCAGAUGAUAUAAUUAACAGUGUGUGGAUAACUAUUAAUUAGGGCUGUGAGUGUUAAUCACUAGACAAGUUCAUGGACGUUCUAGUUAGUUAACUGAUAGGACCCAAUUGUAAUUGGUGGGGCUGAAGAUAAGAGCAUUUGAUUCUUUUUGAGGCUGGCUUGAUACGGAUUGUAAGCUCAUUGGGGCAGCGCCUGGUUUUUUUGUUUUGUUUUGGCUGUUCUUCUCCAUUGUGCCAUGCCUAUUGAAGUUACUGUGUAGUAAUACCACAGCUGGAAUACCACAGCUGGAAUACUGCGUCCAGUUCUGGGCACCACAAUUUAAGAAGGAGAUUGGCAAGCAGGAACGUGUGCAGAGGAGGGCGACCAAGAUGAUCAAGAGUCUGGAAACCAAACGGUUGAGGGAAUUGGGGAUGUUUAGCCCGAAGAAAAGAGGAUGGAGAGGAGAUACGAUAGCUAUCUUCAAAUAUCUAAAGGGCUGUCACAUGGAAGAGGGAACAAGCUUGUUUUCACCUGCUCUAGCGAAUAGGACCUAAACCAAUGGAUUCAAGUUAAAAGACAGGAGAUUGUGGCUAAACAUCAGGAAGAACUUUCUCCCAGUAAGUGCUGUUUGACCAUGGAAUGGUCUCCCUCGGAAGGUGGUAGACUCUCCUUCCUUGGAGGUUUUUAAAGCAGAGGUUGGAUGGACAUCUGUCAUGUACAAUCUAGUUGAGAUUCUUGCAUUGCAGGGAGUUGGACUAGAUGAUCUACAAUUUUAUGAUUCCGUGAAAUGUUAAAAAUGACCCUCUGAGAAGGUGUUUAUUAUUAAGCUGUAUGUUUAAGUCAUGUUUCCUUUAGCAUCUCAAAAAAGGCGUUUAUUUAUGUUGACUUAGUUUAAAACCAGUAACCCUUUUUAUAAAUCUGUUGUUUUAAGUUGCUCCUGUAAGACAUUGUAAAUUCAAAUCCACACCCUGCUAGCUUUUGAAGUGCUUUAACUUUUAUUGUUUUGAUACUGCUUGCAACCACCACCACGAAUUCAAGGGUUUUUUGCUCCUCUCCUGGUCAAGUACACACCAAACAAACAGGUGUGAUGGCACAUAUUUUUUCCCCUUCCAUCUUUGAAAUCCUACGUUGGAAUCCAGUUCAGAGUCCAGCUCCCUCAGCCCCAGUUAAUAUAAAAAAAUGUGUUCAUCAAGCUUUGUACAGUCUAAAUCUUAUAACAGCAAAACAAAUACAGGUCUCUUGCUACAGAAAUGAGGAAAAGAAACAAAGAUGGCAUCACAUUAGUUUAUCGAAUUGCUCCAGAAAUCUACCUGUAUGGCUACAGGUGAGGAAUUUAUAAACGUGAGAAAUGGAGACCAUGGUAAACACAUCAGGUUUAUGGGAGCUACAUGAGGUCAGUGCUACCACACUGCUUUAAAAAAAAAGUUUAAAUGCAGAUGAGCAAUCAAUUAAAGCAUACAUUCAAUUAGGUAAAGUCUUAAAAUAAUAAGACUUGCUCAGAAAAGGCGUAUAAGUCAUGGCUUACUAAGGACUGGAGGGGCAGUUAAUUUUGCCUGCAUGUUGACAGCAAAACCACAACUUGUUUUGAAACGAGAACGACAACACAAUGAUGCAUUCCACCCCAGGAGAGUCACGUGGUUCGUUUUAAAGGUACUGCAGGCACCUGGCUUGCGUCUAUUCAUCUUACUGUACACCUGAGGCAUGAAAUGAUUUCAUGACCGCAGGCUCUGGUUGGGUGUGAUUCCUCGAGAAAGUAAAAGGAAAGGGGUUGGUUUGUUUACCGAGCUGUUGGGUGUGAGCUCUGCUGUUAACAUAAGUCAGACGCCAAACAGGGCAUGACCUAAUACAAAGGCCUUGUGAAAUCUGCAUGCAGAUGGGUUAAAAGUAAGAAGGGCUGGAGGUGCAAAGUUUUAGGACAGCAAAAAGGUGGAGAAACAGGGAGAUCAUUACAUGCUCUCUUAACCAGCAGAGUGUAAUUGAUUUUGUUUUCCUUUUUUCUCUUCAUUUUCUUGACGGCCACCCACUUGGCAAUUUUUAAUGCUUGUUACCCAUUCUCCUUUAAUGUGUUUGCAGAAGCUCUGAAAGAAAAAUAGGCCGUGGGAAUGUAGUGUAGCUGCAGCCGACUCUCCUAUCUGUUCAUCACGAAUAAAAAUAAGGCAAGCAAACGUCCAUCCACCUACUCAGAGGGGCAGGACAGGAAGAUGUGGGUUUUUGUCUACCGGGAGAUGGAUGGAGGCUAAACACUGGAAGGAACUUGAGGGUUGUAAGAGCAGUUCAACAAUGAAAGAUGCUGCAGUAGGAGGUGUGGUGCAAGUCUACCUCUCUUUUAAAAGAGCUGCAUUGGUUGUUCCAGGCCCAUUUUAAGGCCCAGUUCAAAUGCUCACAUUAGUGUUUAAAGCCCCAAGUGACUUAGGCCCCAGAUAUUGGAAAUAACACCUCCUUCCCUACAGACCCUCUUGGGUGUUAAGAUCAGCAGAGGGGACUCUUGGUAUUUCCACUGCCCUCAGAAAUUUGCGUGUUGGCGGCCCAGAAGAGGCCAUUCUCUGGCAUCCUCUCAGUUAUGAAAUUCCCUCAGUACAGAGGUGGGUCUGGCACCUUCAAAGUACAGUUUUCGGUGAACGUUGUUUAUCUUGGCCUCUGAUAACUGAAUUGUAUAUUUUUAGGACCCACCCUACUUUUGUGACCCGUUCCUUUUAAUCUGUUUUCAGUGCUGAGUUUUACAUUGUUGUCACCUGCCCUGGGGCCUGAGGGUGGGCAGUAAAUUAAAUGACUAAUAACGGUAAGACCCUUUGGGUAUCACAGUUGCCCUGCUUUAACUGAAACCUGAACUUCAAAUGUCAUGAAAUGAGGUGGUAGAAUCCUGAGGUAUUCACACUGAAUACAUUUUUAAAAAAAUGCUACUUCACAUUAUCCAAAAAACAAAACCACCCUUCAAGAAGCCAGCUAAGGAGAGAUUUUCAAUUUUAGUCUCAAAUAUCAACUGGUGUUCCAAAUAAUAUGAUUCUGAAGUAGCACAGCACAUUCUGCUACCUGCUUCCCAUCAAAUUCUGCUGCACGUAGAGAUCCAGCUUGAACAUAACACCCUAGAGCAUUUUGCAUGCUGGCCUACAGCUGUGGUUCGCAGGUAAAGAUCAGUAGUCAUGGGUCUUUCAGGGAAGCUUAUCUCCCCUGUUGAGUCAGAGGUCAUAGUUCUGUGGUAGAUAAACUGUUUUUCAUUUCAUGAGUCUCAAUCCCCAGCCUCUCCAAACUGGGGAAGACCUGCUGGCUGAAAUUUUGGAGAGCUCCUGCCUGUUAGUGUAGAGUAGACAGUAGUGAGAUGGGCCUAAGGGUCUUACUCGGUGUAAGGCACCAUCCUAGCCUAUGUGUGUUACUAAUGGGUGGAUUUAUAUUUCAGAAGUGUGGGAUCUGCCCCCUUUUCUGCAUUAGUCCCAGCAUUCCUGGGACAGGCUUAGGUGCAGUCUGAAACCUGCUUAAGGUAAAGGUAAAGGGACCCCUAACCAUUAGGCCCAGUCGUGGCUGACACUGGGGUUGCAGCGCUCAUCUUGCUUUAUUGGCCUAGGGAGCCGGUGUACAACUUCCGGGUCAUGUGGCCAGCAUGACUAAGCUGCUUCUGGCGAACCACAGCAGCGCAUGGAAAUGCUGUUUACCUUCCCGCUGGAGCGGUACCUACCGUAUUUUUCGCUCUAUAAGACGCACCAGACCACAGGACGCACAUAGUUUUUGGAGGAGGAAAACAAGAAGAAAAAAAAUCUGAAUCUCGGAAGCCAGAACAGCAAGAAGGAUCGCUGCUCAGUGAAAGCAGCAGUCCCUCUUGCUGUUCUGGCUCCUGUGAUAGCUGCGCAGCCUGCAUUCACUCCAUAAGACGCACACACAUUUCCCCUUACUUUUUAGGAGGGAAAAAGUGAGUCUUAUAGAGCAAAAAAUACGGUACUUAUCUACUUGCACUUUGACGUGCUUUCGAACUGCUAGGUUGGCAGGAGCAGGGACCGAGCAACAGGAGCUCACCCCUUUGCGGGGAUUCGAACCGCCGACCUUCUGAUCGGCAAGUCCUAGGCUCUGUGGUUUAACCCACAGCGCCACCCACGUCCCUUAUAUGUGUUACUAACAGGUGGAUUUAUAUUUCAGAAGUGGGGGAUCUGCCUCCUUUAUCUGCAUUAGUCCCAGCAGUCCUGGGACAGGCUUAGGUGCUUAGGUGCAGUCUGAAACCUGCUUUGUUGUUGUUUAGUCGUGUCCGACUCUUCGUGACCCCCAUGGACCAGAGCAUGCCAGGAACUCCUGUCUUCCACUGCCUCCCGCAGUUUGGUCAAACUCAUGCUGGUAGCUUCGAGAACAUUGUCCAACCAUCUCAUCCUCUGUCAUCCCCUUCUCCUUGUGCCCUCCAUCUUUCCCAACAUCAGGGUCUUUUCCAGGGAGUCUUCUCUUCUCAUGAGGUGGCCAAAGUAUUGGAGCCUCAGCUUCAGGAUCUGUCCUUCCAGUGAGCACUCAGGGCUGAUUUCCUUCAGAAUGGAUAGGUUUGAUCUUCUUGCAGUCCAUGGGACUCUCAAGAGUCUCCUCCGAAACCUGCUUAGCAGCACCUAAUAGAAAGAAAUCUGUCUCCCCACCCUGUUCCCAUCUUAAUGUAAGACUGUGACUCUGUGGCUGCAGCACCCAGCCUGUCUUUUCCUCCCCUUCCUCUUGUUCAACAUCCGGCCUGAUGAAGAGUUCUGGAGAAAUUUCAAGCCCGCUACCUGUUGUGGCAUUUGGGUUGCUCCUAAAAGGUGUUGGCUGCCCAUAGAUUUUUAGAUGCCCCUCCACACACGUGCCCACCCCCAUCCUUGACCCAGCAUGGCUUCUUUUGUCUUUUUGCUCAAGUUAUUGUGUCCCUUUUCGUAGAAUUGUAGAGCUGGACGGGGACCCUUUUAAUAUUGCUUUUCAUGCAGAAAACUCCCAAUUCUGCUGUCUCCAGAUGGGGAAAAGUUCAGGUACCUGGUUUGGGGAAAGACCAUGGAGAACUGCUGUCAGCUAGAGAAUAAACUAAACCUAAACCGACUGUAUCAGGAAGCAAUUCUGCCCUCUGCAAUUCUAAUUACGUGCAAGUAAUUUGGCACUGUGGGUUAAACCACAGAGCCUAGGACUUGCCGAUCAGAAGGUCGGCGGUUCGAAUCCCCGCUACGGGGUGAGCUCCCGUUGCUCGGUCCCUGCUCCUGCCAACCUAGCAGUUCGAAAGAACGUCAAAGUGCAAGUAGAUAAAUGGGUACCGCUCCAGCAGGAAGGUAAACGGCGUUUCCGUGCGCUGCUCUGGUUCGCCAGAAGCGGCUUAGUCAUGCUGGCCACAUGACCCGGAAGCUGUACGCCGGCUCCCUCGGCCAAUAAAGAAAGAUGAGUGCCGCAACCCCAGAGUCGGUCACGACUGGACCUAAUGGUCAGGGGUCCCUUUAUCUUUAAUUUGUUGAGAGCUGGCAGGGUAUAGCGGUUAGCUUGUUAGAUUAGGACCUGGGAGACUAGGGCUCGAGUCCUCACUGAGUGACCUUGGGCCCGGUCACUGCCUCUCAGCCUAACCUACCUCACAGGGUUGUUGUUGAGAUUAAAUUAGGAGGGAGGGGAAGCGAUGCAUGCCACGUUGAGUUCCUUGGAGAAAAAGGUGGGGGAAUGAAUGAACAGAAAGAUAAUAAGAACAGCCCUCCUGGAUCAGACCACCGGCCCCAUCUAGUCAUAGCAUCCUGUUCUCACAGUCACCUUAGGCAACUGCCUUACGCCGAGUUACAACACUGGUCUAUCUUCCUCAGUAUCGACUACACUGGCUGGCAGAGGCUCUUAAGAACAUUAGCAGAUCCCACAGGAUCAGGUCGGUGGUUUUUUUUGUUUGAAUGCUGGUUUUAAUGUCCGUCUGUGUUUAUUUGUUUAAAAUAAUGGCAGGCUGCGUUGAGGUGCCGUGGCAAAAAAAAGCAACCAUAUAAGUAAAUUAUGCAGCUAGUAGCUUCAUGGUUGAGCAGGGAUUUGAACACAAGCUUAUUCCAGCCCUAAUCUUUCUCUCUAACCACAUACCAGCUUUCUCAAUUGUUCAGUAGUCCAUCCAGAUUCACACCCUUUGAUCCCUUUAAAUUAUGCUUCAGUGCAACUGUGCUUUAAUCCAUACUAUUUUUAGCUGCAUUUUAAUGAUUUUUAGAAGGCUUUUUUUUUUGCUGUUGAUGCUGUUUUAUGUGGAUAUUUGUAUCAGCCUUAUUCGUAUUUCAUUAUUCUGUUUCAUAAUAGAUUUCUCUUCCUUUUUUUUUUUUUUGUGAACUUCCCAGAGGAUACGUGUGGUUAAUGGCCAGCAUAUAAAAUGACAAUAGUAUUUUUUUUGUUCUCUCCAUUGGCUCCUGCUUCACUUCUCUCUCUCUCUCUCUCUCUCUCUAUAUAUAUAUAUUUGCUGCAUCAUGCAUGCUUCUUAUUCUGGCUGCUUUAUUGUUCCAGAUAUAAAUGAUCCCGUUAUCAUGUUAUAAACAUAUCACGUGAUGAGUCAGCCUUCCACCCACUUGAGGGUGAUCAGGUGUUGAAAAUGUUCAACAUGAUGAAUCAGCUCCCCAAAAUCACAAGAUACGUUUGAGAAAUUACAAGGGUUUGGUUUCCCCCGCAAGAUACGUACAUUCAGGCUUCUUGUUAGUUUCUCGUUUUACUUAUGAACUGCUACCAAGUUGUCUCAACUUUCCCUAUGAAACUUCUUUGCAUCAAGAUAAUUGGAUUUGAGCCCACAGCCAGUCUCAGCCAGUUGCAUUCCCUGAGCAUCGUCAUGUUGAAAUUCCCCAUUUUGCUGCAAAUGGCAUUUUUGCAAACCACAACAUUGAUAAUAAGAGCUCUAAAUGCGCUGGCAUCUUGCUAAUUUCACUCCCAUCUCUUUCCCCGCAUUUUAGCUUUCGGUUGCCUGGCCAGUCUCCUCAACUGCUUCAUUGUCUUCCGAUAAGCAAAAUGCCAAGUUUUCUAUCUUUGCUUUUUCUCAUGGCCCUUGAACCAUGUGGUUGGAUUAUUUAAGGAACAGGACAUGUCUGGAUGCAGUCCCAGAGUCUGCAGUUGUUUCAGAUGCCACUCUGAAAGGUUAAGGCUCCUCUGUAAAAGAUUGGUUCUGCAACAGAGAGGCUGAAAAGGAAAACCCAACGAGUUUCUUCUUGUUCUCAAAUUAUUUGAGGGUUUUUUUUAUAUAAAAAAAGUCAGAAGAGUUUAUAGUUUAGAGGCAGCAUUGUUACUGCGCAGAGGGGGAGCUGCAAUCAUCAAAUUUAUGCUAGGUGCUGUGCAAUGAUAAUUAAACAUCACAAGGCAUUGCCCUCCAGGCUUUCAUUCUGAAAAUCUGCCUGAAUUAAAGCCCACCUUCUUAUAUAUUUCUCACAUUUAUAUCCUAUUUUUUUCUUCUUCCAAGGAGCUGAAGGCCAUGUAAAUAGUUCUUCAUCCUCCCAAGAAUUCUCUGAGGUGGAUUAGGCUGAGAGAUCAUAGUGGGACCGUGGUACUCCAAUGAGCUUUAUAAGGAUUUGAAACCAGGUCUCAACUGUUCAUGCUGUAACUAUUAUACCAUACUGGCUUUCUAGUGUGUUCCCACCUCCUGUUCGACAACUGAGGUCCUGUCUUCUCCACUCCACCCACGAUUGUAUGCAAUUUGCCCCCUCCCCGAAAAAGUGCUUUUCAGGGCUGUGAUCUUGCACAGCGCCCCAAAAUACGUAUUUUUUUGUGCUGUGCGUGAAAAAGUACUUGUGAGGGGGGAACUGCGGUGUGAAGAGAUCACAGCAACCAAAAUGGCCUCUGUGCUCUUGUGAUAAAAAAAUGGGAAAAUGGAGCCCUGGAUUUGGGCUUCAGGGUGUUCGAGGGCAUAGGAUGCUUGCGUAAAUAGGAGUUUUCUUCAGCAGCUGGUGGAAUGCCAACGCUGAUAGAGAUGCUGUUGUUUCAGCGGAGAGGGCAUUACACAACACUGGGGCCACUGAUGAGAAAGCCCUGCUUCUGUGUUAACCACAAGCAGAUGAUAAUAAGGCUGUGGCAAAACCACCUGGGUUGCAUUAGCCAAUCAUAUUGCACCUUAGCAGGCAGUGUAGAGCAGGGGUAGGCAACCUAAGGCCGGGGGCCGGAUGCGGCCCAAUCGCCUUCUCAAUCCAGCCUGCAGACAGUCCGGGAAUCAGGGUGUUUUUACAUGAGUAGAAUGUGUCCUUUUAUUUAAAAUGCGUUUCUGGGUUAUUUGUGGGGCAUAGAAAUUUGUGCAUACCCCCCCCCCCCAUAUAGUCUGGCCUACAUGGUCUAAGGGGCGGUGGACUGGCCCACGGCUGGAAAAGGUUGCUGACCCCUGGAGUAGAGGAAGACUGUUUUUCAGGUACCCUACUCCAGAGUUACUUAAGGCUUUGUAUGCAAGUAGCAGAAUCUUAAAACUGGGAUUGAUGGCUAAGAGGCAGCCAGUGUUGAUUCCAAAUUGAUUGCAAAUAUCCUCUUCUGUGCUUAACUGAAUUGUGCUAAAAGUAUCUGCUGUCCUGCAGUCCUUCAUUGUAUUCUUCUGAGCCUAGAAGGCUUAACAAUUUGCUCAACACUGGAGGCUGAAAUGUGGAACAACCUGAAUGGUUCUACAGAACCAUUUUUAUUAAGCACAGCCUGUCAAAGACCAGCGUUGCAGUAUCAAACACUGAGGCGUGCCUGGAUUUCAGUUCAGUGAUAUGGACCAGUGGAAAGAUGCAUGGCUACUGAGAAUUUUAUCUGUUUGAACUGGGUUCAAUAAGCUUUGGCUGGGAUCCAAAUUGCCCUCUAUGAUUGCUGAAUAUACUUCUGUGCAUCUUGGAACUAAUGAACACCACUCAUGAGGGUGGUAGGACAAAUGUGGGUGCGAUCUCAUUCAUGGGAAUGGAGAAAGUAAUCAUCUUGUGAGGAUCAAAUAUAUAGCCCACUUUCAAGGCUAUAUUGCAAGGAAACACACCAGUGGAUUUUGGUGAUUGUGUUUCAUGCAUCAUAAAAAUGUUGUUAGGUUUCAAACCUCAGAGCCCAUUUACCGUAUUUUUCGCUCUAUAACACGCACCAGACCAUAACACGCACGUAGUUUUUAGAGGAGGAAAACAAGAAAAAAAAUACUCUAAAUGAAAUAGUGGAUAUAUGAUUUUUGUGGUUCAUGCUGUGGCCACAGACAUGUGAUCUGACAGUGAGUUUGGAGUAGCCCAAUGCAAAAAUCCUGAGUAUCCAUGUGGAUCCAUGCUUUGUAACCACGGAGGAGGGAAGGAAGGGGAACCAUGGAUCCUCUGCUCACGACUGCAGCAGAUCCCCCCGGCCACCCGCAGGCAUUCGCUCCAUAACACGCACAGACAUUUCCCCUUACUUUCUAGGAGGAAAAAAGUGAGUGUUAUGGUGCAAAAAAUACGGUAGUUGUAUAUAAAAAGUCCUGGAUGUGUAGAGUGAGUGAGUUGGUCACAAAUAUUGAAGCUCCUGAAACAAGAAGGGCGGCCCCACUCAUUUCUAAAAGGGUGUUGCUGCCUCUGAAAUCUGCCUCAAGUGACCCCGGAUGUGUGUUGAUAAGAGUUUGUUUGUUCAACACUCUCCUUGAUAACUGUACAUUGGAUAAAUGCACACUUCCGCACUGCUAUUAACUGUUUGUUUUGGAGAGGGCCCAUAACUCAGAGGUAGAACCACAUGCUGUGCAUGUAGAAGGUCCAUAGUUUAAAAUCUCAUUGGCUGGAAAAGCAGGAACUUUCAAAUGCAUACACACCAUAUCCUUAACAAACUACAUUGCCCAGAAUUCUUGGGGGAGGAUGUGCUUUAAAGGUAUAGUGUCCCAUCUUCAUAUAUUUAUGCACUUCCUCAGUUCCAGGAGUAGCAUUGUGGGGUUAAGUUGUCUUUCGGAUGAGAGGAAACCCUCAGGACUUAAAGUCGCUUUGGGGACAGAUGUAGGGCAGAUGAGAGGAAGCAUUUCUUUGCCAAACACGUAGUUAAACUAUGGAAUUUGCUCCCACCAGUCACUGCCUUGGAUGACUUUAAAAGUGGGUAAGUCGGGGACGCGGGUGGUGCUGUGGGUAAAACCUCAGCGCCUAGGAAUUGCCGAUCGCAUGGUCGGCAGUUCGAAUCCCCGCGGCGGGGUGAGCUCCCGUCGUUCGGUCCCAGCUCCUGCCCACCUAGCAGUUCGAAAGCACAAUUAAGUGCAAGUAGAUAAAUAGGUACCACUUUCUAGCGGGAAGGUAAACGGCAUUCCGUGUGCUGCUCUGGUGCCGGUUCGCCGGAGCAGCUAUGUCACACUGGCCACGUGACCCGGAAGUAUCUGCGGACGGCGCUGGCUCCCGGCCUCUAGAGUGAGAUGAGCGCACAACCCUAGAGUCUGUCAAGACUGGCCCGUACGGGCAGGGGUACCUUUACCUUUACCAAGUCAUGAAAGCACGCCAGUGCAAGUAGAUAAAUAGGUACUUCUGUGGCAGGGAAGGUAAACGGCAUUUCCGUGGGCUCUGGUUUCCGUCACGGUGUCCUGUUGUGCCAGAAGCGGUUUAGUCAUGCUGGGCACAUGACCCGGAAAGCUGUCUGUGGACAAACGCCGGCUCCCUCAGCCUGCAAGCAAGAUGAGCGCCACAAUCCCAUAGUCGCCUUUGACUGGACUUAACCGUCCAGGGAUCCUUUACCUUUUUUACCUUUACCAAUGGCCAUUAGUCAUUAUGGUUACUAAACACGAUGGCUUGUGUAUUAUUUCCCCAGGGUAUCAGUUGCUGGGGGUCUACAAUAGGAGAGUGCUGUUGCAGUCAUGUUCUGCUUCACGGGAUUCCCAUGGGCAUCUGGUUAGCCUCUGUGAGAACAGAAUGUCAGGCUAGAUGUAGAUGAGCCUUCCCUAUAAGAAAGACAGUCUUACCCAUCUAAUCUACAUUAAAGAGACAAGAAAAAGAUUCACACUCUUGUGUUUAAGGCAGUAUUUCUGACUUGCCCUUCCAAAAGGAAGACCAGAGUGUUUUGUGCCGCUCACAGAACAAUAAAAAAUAUGAAUCUCAUGUAAAACAGCGUAACAUGCUGUAAUCGUGCCACUAAGUUCCAUAAAACCCAGCUUUUAUGGAGAGUUGUAUGCAAAUACCUGUCUAAACAAGUACAUUUUUAAACAAGUAAAUUUGCAGGCUGGCAUCUCUUGGGAGGGAUUGCCACGAACACCCUGUUCUUCUGUGAAGUUUACCUUAUGCUGCUGAUGGAAGCAGGAACAAGGCCUAAUCCGUAGGUUUUCAUGGUCUCUGUGUGCUUUCAUAUGGAAGCUGGCAUUUCCUACAUUAUGGACAGGUUGCAUAAGAGCCUUGCAAAUAAGCCUGCAAAAGUUAGUUGCCCAUAAAAAUGUUUAUUAGCCAGCCUGUCUUAGCAUAUCUGUGGCACAUCAGUGACCUAGUAGUCCAAAACAUCUCCUUCAUAGGCUUUUAAGCAGAGGUUGAAUGGUCAUCUUUUACUUUAGCUGAUGCUUUAGCGGAGAUUCCUGAAUUGCAGGGCAUUGGUUGUUGCCUUAAACCUAAAUUUAUUGUGACAUAAAUAAAUGGGGUAUCCUCAGGAGUGUAAAGUAUUCUGAUCAGUUGACUGGUAUCAGUGAUCACGAGUGUGCGUAUGGGUGGUAGAGUAAAUUGUGCAGGCGAAAGGCCGCACAAUAACAGAUAAUAAUAAUUUUUAUUUAUACCCCACCCUCCCCAGCCAAGGCUGGGCUCAGGGCAGCUAACAAGCAAUAAUAAAAACAAGUUGAAUGAAUACAACUUAAAAACAAGAUUAAAAUACAACAUUAAAAUAUUAAAAUGCAGCCUCAUCACAGGAGAAGAAAGGAAAAAGAAAAAAGAAAGGGGGGAGGGAAUCAAACUGGCUCUUGUUCAGAGGGCCUUUUUGGUAGUGGCGCCCACCAUGUAGAAUGUCAAGGAAAUAAACAACUAUCUGACUUUUAGAAGACAUCUGAAGGCAACCCUGUUUAGGGAAGUUUUUAAUGUUUGACCGUGUUUUUAAUAUUCUGUUGGGAGCUGCCCAGAAUGGCUGUGGAAACCCAGCCAGAUGGGUGGGGUCUAAAUAAUAAAUUAUUCUUAUUCUUGUUCAUAUGAUUGCGACUGUGUGGAGAGGGAGAAGAAGUUGUGCUUCCUGGCCUCACCUUCUUUGUCCGUAUAUUCGGGGAAGUGUCUAUAUAAAUUAGACCCUGUUGCAUGUUCAUAGGCUUACUCCAUGAUUUUCACUUUUCCCCCUGGGGGUGGUGGCUGUGAGAGCACAUGAGAGCACUGACAGAGCCAGAAGAUGCACCCUAUCUACUAUGCAGUUGCAUAGAGGUGCACAGAAUAUCCCCAAACAGCUACAAUCUCAUACCCCACCCCCAACCUCCAUGCAAAAACAUGGGCAGGGGAUAGAAUGUUCUCUCUGUUGUGUAUUUCUCUGUUAAACCGGCUCUUGGCGCCCGCUCGGUCAGUCCCUGCGUGGAGCUAAACCAACGUGGUGCACCGCUUUAGCUCUACGCAGGGACUGACUUCCGGGACGCAGCCACAGCUUCCUAUUGGCUGCAGGAAGCUCUUGCAGCCAAUAGGAAGCCACAGACACUGCCUUCUCCCCCGCCAUGGCUCCGAAAGCCAGCGGAGAAAGAUCGGCGGGCGUGUGCAUGCUCACGCGCACAGGCGAUUCAGCCCACCGGCGGAAAAGUAUGCUGACCCCUGGUUUAGACCAUCUUCUUCACAAUUAGCUAUUAGGUAGAAGCAAACCUACUCCCACCUUCCAGUGCUUUGUCGCAUGAGUGCAAAACCGCUGGGGUAUUUGACAACAACAACAACAACAAAUUAUACCCCACCCUUCCCGGUUCAAAAACCGGACUCAGGGCGGCUAACAACAAAUUUAAAACACUUUAAAACACUUAAUUAUAAAAGCAACAUAAAAUGUGGUACCUCGGGUUACAUACGCUUCAGGUUACAGACUCCGCUAACCCCGAAAUAGUACCUCAGGUUAAGUACUUUGCUUCAGGAUGAGAACAGAAAUCGUGCUCCGGUGGCGCGGCAGCAGCAGGAGGCCCCAUUAGCUAAAGUGUUGCUUCAGGUUAAGAACAGUUUCAGGUUAAGAACGGACCUCCAGAAUGAAUUAAGUACUUAACCCAAGGUACCACUGUAUAAAAACAUGAAUAACAAUAAAAUUCAAAAAUCAAUUAGAUAAUCCCCAGGGCUAGCUGGCUGAAUUGGUCCUACUUGGGCCAGCAAGGAGGCCAGGGGAGAAUUAGCUGUGGGGUCUCAGAGUGGAUCUUCAUAAAAGGGGAGCAGGAGGGAACAGAAGGGAAAUAAAAGAUCAAGCUGAAUGAAAGGCCAGGCGGAAUAGCUCUGUCUUACAGGCCCGAUGGAAGGAGGUUAAAUCCUGCAGCGCCCUAGUCUCAUGGGACAAGGAAAGCAAAGGAGUGAUGCUCUGCUACGGUGAGCCAGUGCAUAGGUUCCUGGAGAGCCCUUUGCAAAUGCUUUGCUGCUCGCUGGUCUGCUAGGACUAAGGUUUGGCAUUGCAUGCUGUAGGAAUCCAGGCUCGUGGUUUAGGUCUCUCCAGACUAACCGCAAGCUGAAAAACAGGAAAUAGAUAGGCACGGCAGCAAAGAUGACCUGGGGAGGAUCAAAGCAGCUGUAAGCACAUUUCUGGAAGCUGGCGCAUUUGCGCCAAGCCAAGGUUUGUCUUAGUGUGACAUAUGGCCCAGGCCUUUCGUUCCGUUGCUAGUGGAAUGCUCGCCCCAGGGAGGCCUGCCUGGUGCCUUCCUUAUAAACUUUUAGAUGGCAGGUGAAAAGGUUCCUCUUCAAUCAGGCCUUUGGCUGAUCAAUAUCUUAUUUUAUUCAAAAUGUGGUUGUGAGAAGGAGGGUUAUUGCUUUGUUUUUAUUCUGCAUUUUGUGUUUUUAUAUUGUAUUUUUAUGCCGCGUACCUCCCUGAGAUCUGUGGGUGAAGGAUGGUAUGCAAAUUUAAUAAAUAAUAGUAAAAAUUAUUAUUAUUAAUAAUAAGUGCUUCUUUUCAGUGUAGCACCUUUUCAGUGGUAGCCGGUUAAGAUAUGACUGUUUCAUAGGGUACUUGAGCCCGCACAAAAUUGCUUGCCCUGUGGUCUUGUUUAUGUUUUCAUGUUAUCAUUUUUGACUUUUAUGUUUUAAUUUUUAUUGUUUUUAAUGAAACUUGGCAUACUACAGGUGAGUAUGAAUCCUUCUCGUAGCAAAACAGAUACAGUGCCCAAAAUUCAGCCAUUCUAGAAAGAAAAAAAAAGAUGAUUCUGAUUGGAGCUUGAGAAUUUAUUCAUUAUGGAAAUAAUCUCUGGCCUCCAGGCCUGAAUUGCAUCCUGAAGUUUUGUGGUUAGAGCAGUUAAUUUUGCUUCCCUUAGUUUGGAAUUUGACUCCCAAGUACUUUGCAAAUAAUCUGUUUCUUGCCUGUAGACAUAAAAUAGGUUUCCUGAUAUUUCUUGGAAAGGUAUGUGUUAGAUUUUUUUUUUUUUUUUACAUAAUGGCGUUUAUUGCCGCUAAGCCACUUCCCGAACGGUAGAGCUGGAAGGGAGAGGUAUAAAUGAUGUAUAUAAAACAAAUAAUUUCAAGGAUGGUUUCCUAGAAAAGUGGUUCUUGUUUCUGGCAUAGAAUGGCUCUUUUAAAGUGGAUGUGUGUAAGAGACUUAAUGAAGGCUUAAUCUAAUGUUGGUUAAUGUAUUGCUCCUUUGUAAUUGGAAAAAUAUAUAUUCAAAUGAAGUAGGUUCUUUUAUAUAAAUAAAUAAUAACCAAAUAAAUAAUAACAAACAGGGCUGACUGUUUCGUUGUCUCGUUUUUAGGAUAUGAUGAUCCGUCAGAGACAAACUUGAUACCGCACAGCAUUCACUCUGUCAAACACGGGCAAGAAAAUCGUCCCAGACCUAUUCGCAGGAAAAGAAGUGUUGGUAAGGAAUGGGAAAACCAAACCUAUAUUAAAAAAAAAAAAAUGCCACGAGGUUGGGAUGGAAGGACUGGUCCUGAAAAAUGAGUCUUUUUUUAAGGGCAGAAAGAAAAAUGACCUUAUAAACCAGGCAUAGGCAAACUUGGCCCUCCAGAUGUUUUGGGACUACAAUUCCCAUCAUCCCUGACCACUUGUCCUGUUAGCUAGGGAUGAUGGGAGUUGUAGUCCCAAAACAUCUGGAGGGCCGAGUUUGCCCAUGCCUGUUAUAAACCCAAGGAGGACACCCCCCCAUACACUUUUAAAUUAUUAUUUUCUGCUCUUUUGCACAAGUCAGCCAACUUCUAGUGGGGUAGCUCAUCCAGAAAAUUAUUUCUUUUGCUGCAGGAUGCUCAUGUGGAAAUGCGAGUUAGGAAAUGCAGUGCAGUGUCUGUUCCUUUCAGUCGUUUUCAGAUUAGGCGCCAGCCACAGACUGGUGCAACCCUGAGAUCACGUUGGGAAGAGUUAAUUAAAUAAUGGAAAGCCUAAGGGCUAAGCUGAUGCCCAACACAGCCUUCAACUUAACAAAAUGUAUCAUACACAGCCUUUAACUUAUCAAAAUGUAUCAUACAAACUGCGGAGCUAGGAGGAAGUCGCUGCAAUUUAUUUUAAAAUAUUACAUCAAUCUUCACCCUAAUAAAAACAGUACUGUUAAUAGUAAUGUUCUGGCAGAAGCAAGGGUGUUAGAAUUAAAUGGGUACUAAUUGACCUUAAACAGCGGUGUUUUAUGAACGUGCAUUGUUACAACUGGUUCAGCAACCUGCUUGCUCCGAAGAUACCCUCUGCCAGAUCAAAUAUAAUAUCUGAAAUAUCGGAACAGAAGGCUGCUUUUAAAACAGAGCAGAAUUGCUGUCUGGAGCCUGUUUUGCUAUCAGGUAGACCUAGAUUGCUACCUAGGACUGCCCACUGAAAGCUGCACUGCUUUUGCUUUUUAUUUUUGCAUUUAUUGUUCCUUAGUCAUUGUGGACUGUGUGCUGCUUGCUUAUUUAUUUAUUUGAAAUACCCCCCCCCUUUAAGCCAAAACGCAGAGCUUCAUCACAGCUAGGCUGGUGUGUUAUUUCAGGUGUGAUCAGAAGGCAGAAAUACGGUGACAAUCAUUUAUAUCUCACACAGGACAAGAAGAAUAGACUCCCUACAGUCCCAUGGUGGACUUUGGAGAGAUCUCCUUGGUUAGAGGAUAUUCUUGCAUGCUAUUUGCACAGUGUGCCAAUAUAUCUUUUCGUUCAUGAUGUCCUGAAUGCCCUUAUGGGUGAAGAAUGCCAGGACAUCCCAAUAUGCUUGCAAGGGUUCUUGUUUAUUAUAUAUUGCAAGAGCUGGGAGAGGGGUUCCCCUUAGCAUUGCCACAUGCAGACCGGGGGGUGCGGCACGCAGCUGGCAGGCUUGUUUCAGAGCAGAGGCCAUCGCUUAUCUGGGUACACCAUUUCCCCCUCUGCAGAGGAAGCCAUUCCUGCCGUCUGCAAAACGCGAACCGUUAUAUACGAGAUACCUCGGAGUCAGAUCGACCCGACGUCUGCUAACUUUCUGAUAUGGCCGCCGUGCGUGGAGGUGAAGCGUUGCACGGGCUGUUGCAACACCAGCAGUGUGAAAUGCCAGCCGUCACGGAUACACCACAGAAGCGUCAAGGUGAGGAGAAAUGGAACUCGGGUGCAGCGGGGUGGGUGGGUGUUUUGAGGGAAGAGGUGGUUCAGCAUUUUGUUCGCAUCCUGUCGUUUUCAUUUUUCUUGCCUUGGCAGCCAUGGGAGGUUAUUUGGUGGUUUCUGUUUUGAUUUUGGUUAUGUAUUCUGUGAUUUUAUCCCGUGAACCCGCCCGCCCCCCCGAGACCUGCCUGUAUGAGGCAGUAUACAAAUUGAAUAAUAUUUUUUAAAAAUCAUCAUCCCUCAGUGUGAGUUCCUACUGGUUCUCACUUGGUUACAACUUUGCUCAGCCUUUCUUAUCCUGGGUACAGUCAUACCUUGGUUCUUGAAUGUAAUCUGUUCCGGAAGAAAACGUUGGAAAACCAAGGUGUGGCUUCCGAUUGGCUGCAGGAGCUUUCUGCACCCAAACGGAAGGCGCAUUGGACGUUCAGCUUCCAAAAAACAUUUGCAAACUGAAACACUCACUUCCGGGUUUGUGGUGUUCGGGAGCCAAAACGUUUGAGUACCAAGGCGUUCGAGAACCAAGGUGCGACUGUACUUGCAGCUGAUUUCAGACUGCAAGUCUUAUCACCCUUUGUUGGUAUGGCCAGUAGUGGUACUAAAUGACUGGAUGACGCCUAAAUUGGGGAAAGCUGCCUUUUAGUUAAACUUUUUUUUUCUGGAAGUGGUCUGCAAGCAGUGCUGAUGGUAAACACUUUAAAGAAUAGCUAAGUGAAUUAGCUGUUGUGGUGAUAAAUGAGGACUCUCCCACAUUUCCACUAGAGAUUUGCUCUGAUUCAGUGUUAAAAGAGUGGGAUUUCCAGGGUAAAGUGGUGGAGCAAAUGGGAAACCACUUAGAAACAUGCCUAGAAAGUACGGAACAAGCAGAAAACCACUCAAACCCAUGCUUCCUAGGACAAACAAUGUGUGGACGAGCUCUGAGUGUAGUGACUUUCGGUGUGCAGUGCUUUUGUUUCACUCCCAUUAUAAGCAAGAGCUAACUGGCCCAUUUAGCUGUUUACAACCUAUGAUGCUGCUUUAUGCUGAGGGCUCAUCCACAUUUGAGUUAGGAUAGCUUAGUCAGUAGAGCAUCAGAAUCUUAAUCUGGAUGGCCCUUGUGGUCCCUUCCAACAAUUUGGUUUGUCCUGCCAUUUCCCCCCAGGAAAAUACACUGCUUACCGAUGAAUCAGAGCAGACAUCAAUUGGUUUUUCUGUCUGAUGCACAUUGGUUCCAAUUCAGUGGCCAACAGUGGGUUUUCCUAGAGAAAGCAGUGGGAGAAACAAAAAAACCUUUUGGACCCAGUUUUCUAGACACAGGACAAGUGUCAGUGUAAACAAGCCCUUAGUCAUCAGGCCAUUUGUCUUUCUGGCUUGGUGGUUCUCCAGGUUUUCAGACAAGGCUCUCCCAGCUCUUCCUGAAGGUAUUUUGCAUUCAAACAUUGUGUUCUACCCGAAAUUACUACCUUUUAGAGAAACCCUGAAAAUUAAAACAUCCAUGCUUAUACUGCGAGUGUGGCCUGGAACACACGAAACAAUCCUCCCCCUUUUGCAGGGAAGUAUGUAAAGAAUGAAGUGGCACAGAUAAGGGGUGGUGUUUUGUUUAAAAAAUAAAAUAAUUUUUUGUUUUGUUUUAUCCCGCUCUGGGGUCAGUUAUGACCCCAAAUGUGUAGGAAUGCUAAAUAGCAUUAACAAGCAAACAGGCCUGAUUAUGCCUUUCCCACAAACUCCCACAGCCUUGUUCUUGAUUUUAAAUGAUAAAAUGACUCAGGGGACAUUUUGAAUGUAAAAAUCCUUGUACAGUCAUGUUUCCUUAAUUAAAUAUUAUGUAGGCUAAAUUGGGCUUUUAUUUGUGGAAAUACAGUGCUUUUGAUCUGCUGGUGGGAGGGAAAUGUGUUUCAUAUAUUCUCAUCUCCUGGGAUUUGAGAUUCCUUAUGGCUUGAUUCCACAUUUACUCAUUAGGCGAAAUCCAUUUUUUCUGCUUGCCACAAUCUAUCAAACAGACAUUUUGGAAAAGGAGUGGUAUUUGUUUGUUAGGUUGGGCUUGGUCCCCCUGUUAACUGUAUGCGGGUUCAAAUCAGCAGCACCCAUUUGCCAAUGCAACUGCGACACCCCCCCUUCCAACUUCACAAUUCUAUGAUUCCAUGAAAAGUAAAACGCAUAAACAACAAAUUCAGGAGACUCCUCCCAAGACCUGGGCAAAUAGAUAAAAGCUAUGAAAAGAAAGUAUUCAUUCAAAUAUAUUUUGAAUACCGGUGUUGUUUAGUAUGAAAGAGAAUAGGAAGAGAUUUGUAUCAACUUUAUUAAUUUAAUCUGCACAUUUUACCAGUAUCAGCACGUGUAUAGUUAGUGCACCUCAUUGGGUCAGCAACAAGGCAAGGGUCUUUGGGUUUAUGAAUGAGGAAAACUGGUCAUUGAUGGGAGCUAUUAUGUAUAUGUUUUGUGCAGACGUAUAGCUGAAGAAGUGAAUAAUGUGAAAUAGAUAAGUACCGGCAAUCUGUAUUAUAUAUCAGAGAAGCAAAUUUCGUACAAUAGUAAGUUCCUGUGAAAGAGUUUUAUCAGUGGGGAAGGAAGUUUUUUAACACGAAAAACUCCAGUAAAAAUAUAAAGAUAAAGUUUCGUUGGAGCAAAUGUUAUUGUAAUAAUUGAUAAGAUAUUACCUGCCUGGGUUGUUUUCUUUUUUUUGCUGUGCAAAUAGGUAGGCUUUUCAGCUGGCACUGAUAACUCCUUUAUUUAAAAUUGGUGCCAAGAUUUCAAUAUGAUAGAGUGCACCUCCGCACAAUAAUGUUCCCUGUACAUAGAAAGCCAUUAUGUCAGGAAGGCGACCAGGUUGAUGUGUUUUCUCAUUAGAAGUGUGGACUGCCUUAUACGGAGUCACACCACUGGCCCAUCUACAGGAGCAUCUAAACCUCUGGCUAGCAGCAGCAGCUGUCCAUGGUCCUGGGCACUUGCUCCCCGAGAUCGUUUUUUUUAAGCUGGAGACAUCUGUAAUUGAACUUCCCUGGUUAAUAGCUCAUAAAAUAUAGCUAUCUCACCUGCCCACACAUACUUGGGUUUCCUUUCCUAAUAGCCUGGAGAUUGCUAUCAUCUGAUUACUUUCUUUUAUCUUCUGCUUGCUUUAUUACAUUUGUAUAAGUUCUUUGGGCGAUUUCCAUUAAAAGAAACCCCCACCCAAAUACAAUUUGUGAUAAAAACACCAAAACAAAGCAAAUCUAUCUAUUAAUACCAUAACAUUCAAAUCAAAAUGUAUUUUAAUUAAUUGAUUGCGAUUAUAUGUAAACUGUGUUACUUUUACUGUUGUUAGCCGCUCUGAGCCCGGCUUCGGCUUGGGAGGGCGGGAUAUAAAUAAAAUAUUAUUAUUAUUAUAAUUGAAGUUCCAGAUGAAGCAAGCAAUCAGUUAAACAUUAAAAAGUAACAAUCCAAAUUUGUUGUUGUUCAUUCGUCGUAUAAAUACUUCAGUGGUCCUCUUAAUAACCCUGUCCUAAAUCUUCAUUUCUCUCUGAAAGUCUAGGUGAAAAGAUAGGUAUUUACUCACCUUUGCUGAAGAGGCCAUAUGCAUCUCCUGCAGGACAAAAUUCCAUAGGCUGGGGUGGGGGGGGUUGUACUCAGGAGACCCUGUCCUGUCCUAUAACUGUUAAGUAAGUUAAGUAAGUGGAAGAACCUAUAGAAGGGCUUCUGGCGAAGAUUCGAAAUACCUGGGCAGGUGUGUCUGGGAGAAAGCAACGCUACUUUGCAACUAAGGUAGCACAGCACCACAUCGAUCCAAAUGCAUCUUCCAACUCAGCAAUUCUCUCUCACCCACUUGUGUUAAUCUUAAAUUGAAAACAAACCACUUUGGGAAAGGGCGCAGUGCAGUUUUGAUAUUCAGAUGUUGUUGCCGCAUGCACCCUUCAUCAGGCUUCCCGGAACCAAUUCUAUUUUCAAGUGAGUCCUUAAAUACAUAUAUAUAGCUCCUCAAUACGCUUGGCAAACAUUAAUUUUAAAAGCAAAGGAGGAUCGGAGACAAAUCUAAUUAACCUGCAGCCUCAAGAACAAACACAGCUGUUUAGCAAACAUGAGCUGCCUGCUGCUGCAGUAUUUAUGGUGGAUGGAGAUUGCGUUGCUCCUUCUGAUGCGGAGAGAUGAUUGGGGUCCUCAAAGGUAACUCUGCACUGCAGAUAAGCCUGGAAGCGGUUUUGACUUGCCAGAGUUGACUGGUUAGCUCUGAGCAUCAUUUAACUUGGGCCUCCUUGAGGCAUUUGGGGGCAGUUGCUUGGGGUGGGGGAGGCAGGAGGUGCUUGCUGAAGUUGCAGUGUGCCACGAAAAUGCUUAGAGCAGGGGUCGCCAGCUAGGAGUCAGUGGGUGCCAUGAUGCUUGGGAAAGUUUCACUGGUGCCCUGGACUCUUGAGUUUUCUUUCUUUUCUUAAAAAGUAAGUCUCUAGCUGUCCUAGAAAGAAAGUUAUGGGGUGAAUUGUGCCGGUGCCUUCAAAGCAAUUUCUGUGAAAGGAGAGUGUGUUGCAGCCACCUUGUAUAUUUUUCCAGGUACUGAGGAAUGCUCCUCAGCUGUUGCUAUUAAACAGCAUCCAUGUCUCUCUCUCUCUCUCUCUCUGUGUGUGUGUGUGUGUGUCAGUGCCAAAUUUACAUAUAAGCUAAACAAGCUGUAGCUUAGGGCCCCACUCUCUUGGGGGCUGCAAAAACAUUUAAAGGAAAAAAAUUGGAUGUACAUUUCCAAAAUAUAAAAUAAAAAACAAAUAAAAUAAAACCUACACACAGCAACAGUAUUUUGUGUUAUGUAGGCUCCUAUGAUGUAAUUAGGUCCAUAAAUUACCAUAUAGCAUAUAUUCAACACAAAAAACAGCAACAAUUUGUUGUUGACAAAGGACAGCUGGACAUAUAAAGGGCCCUGUCACCUUCAGUAGCUUAGGGCCUCAUCAAACCUAAAUCCGGCCCUGUGUGUGUGUGUGUGUAGUCAAUAAAGUGUGGUCUCCACAAUCAGGACCAGCAGGGCAAAGCUCACUUCCCAUGGUAAGGUUUGUGUUCUGCCACACCCAUCAAUUAUUUUGCAGCUAAUUUUUGACUGGCACCCGCAGCACGCUCUCAAAAAUUGAAAUGGGCCCAUUGGGCCAAAAAGGUUGGUGUCCUCUGGGCUUGAGAACGGAAACGCAGGCGCUUGGAACCAGAUCACUCAAGUGCUAUAGCCAAGAAUUUCCUGGGUCCUGGGAAAUCAUGUGGUUCUGGGAAGCAAUAGCAGCUUUGCUUCGAAGCAUCUUCCCGGUUAGUCAUAGGUGAGCAUUUGUUACCUGACGCAUGGGUCAGCAUUAAUACACAACUUGCUCUGGGUCAUGAUGGCAGAGCAUGAAUUUCCCCAACAGUAGAAAAAGGGCAGAGGAACAUGCAAAAAGAUGGUCCUAAAAGAUCUACAUUGGCUCUUGGUAUGUUUCCGAGCACAAUUUAAAGUGUUGUUGCUGUCCUUUAAAACCCUAAAUGGCUUCAGCCCUUUGUACCUGAAGGAGUGUCUGGAACCCACAUCGUUCAGUCUGGACACUGAUGUCCUGCUCUGGAAACACACCUUGGAAAAACCCUUUCAAAAACCAUCAGCACUUACUAGACUUCCUCCAAACUCCAACCCUCCACAGACCUCAAAGGUUGGUGCAAAGGCUCGUGGGUUUGCAAUGGAAAAGGCUCAUGGGAUUGCUUGAAGCUGUUUUCACACUGUUUGAGGGCCACUUUGGGGUUUGAUUUAUUUUGUGGCAGUGCGCAUGUGCGUGGUCGCCCAUGACUCGAACACACCGCACGGGGUGUUGCCUGUAAAAUCUUUUAAAGCCCCCCUUUUAUUUGUACAGUUCUUUGGAUUUGAAUCAUCGCUGCUCUUGAGAAACUGGAUAAUUCUUAUCUGCUGGUGUUAGCCGCUUAGAUUAACAAGUGACAUCACGUUGUGACCCAUGCCCACUGUUUUUGAAACGUUGUGCUCCAGAGGUCUUGAGAAAAUCCUCCCCCUUCAAAACGUUAAUUAAAAACGAGGAGUCACUUUGGAGCAGUGUGUUCUUUGUAGAGGAGGGCUGCCUGACCCCCACCACACCACACCAGUAGUCUCCAAACAAGAAAAUCCAUAUUUAUUUCCUCCUGCGUCAGAUGUACUCUCUUUCUCUCUUUGAUAUAAUUAAUUGUUUCUCAAGCUCUUGGGAAUUCCCAUGUUGCGGAGAUGAAUGGCUUGAGUGUAUCAUAAUCCAGAAGAUCCUCUUUGGGGGUCACACGGAAGGUGGCGAGGGCUGGAGGAUGGGAUAUGUUUUGCUUAUUCCCAGAACGGAGUUGAGAGGCUCCCUUGUUCUGCUUCCAUGAUGUCAAGCUUAUGUAAAAGGCCCCCUUUUGGGGUUGACACUGAAAAAGACCUCCAUUUCUCACCCGUGCUUUAUUGACAAGAUGGUGAGAUCAUCGCGCCUUCCCUAAUAAGCCCCCUCUGACUGCAAGUUUAUCCAGUUAGUGGAGAGGUCACUGUGUAGGAUGCAAGGACAGCAGAGGCCAAGAGACUGACGAGAGCAUCGGGAAGUCAAAUGCACUGCCUGUCUUGAGCCAGGGACAUGGUGCCAUGGUGCUAGCCUCUCCUCCGUAGGCUGGUUGCUGGAGAAUGCUGCCAAAUGAGCAGGAUCAACUGCCCUAGAAAGCUGGAUUGUAUUGCUCCAGUAUCAUAAUAUUCAUCUCAGAUGGUACAUGCAUGGUGAAUGGGCCAGGUCACACAGCUGGAACUAGUGGAGGGGGGAGAAUAGUUCUUUGCAUUCCUUAUUUAAUGCCCCAUUUGUGAAUGCUUUAAAAUUAUUAUUAUUAUUAUUAUUAUUAUUGCUGUCAUGAUGGCUCCAUGUUGAUGUGUCGCCGUUCCACUGGUGGUGAUGUUCUGAUUGGCCUUUUCUGUGUAGCAGUCAAAAUCGCAGCUGUCCAUUCCAUACCUUGCUCUGUUCCAGUCCUUUUCCAAUGUUAGCAUCCAACAAAAUCAUUUUUUUAAGAGCAACUGUACCCUGCUUUUCACAAGACACCCACUGCCUACAGGCUUACAGUCUUCAGAAGAAGAAAAAGGAAAGCAUGGCACGCAAGGGAAGAGGGACAGGGAGGGAAGAGGAAGAUGAAAAUCAAGCUCAGGCGCUGCUUUCUAAACAGUUGCUUCUAUAAAGACCAGCUGGCACACAUUCAGGGGCAGAUGGGGCCUGAUGGAGCUGGGCUCCCAGCAAAGCUGGUAAAAGCUGCUUCCUAUCUCUCCCACUGAGGCAGUCUGAUGCUCUCACAGCACAGCCGAUAGAGUGAGUGGUAAUAAUUAAACAUUUCUUUUUUAAUCAACUAUUCUUAAGGUUCAUCACACCACAUCAGGAAGCGCAAUUAGCUUUAGCCAAAUCGUAUCUUGAUUUCCUGGUUCCUUAUAUAGUCUGCCUGGUUGACUGCUGUUCUGGAGUGUUACCUUUUCUGGAGUAUUAAUCUGGUUUCAUGCCGUUGCAUUUUUUAAAAAGAAAUAUUUUAAAGGAUUUUAGCCUAAUCCUAAAAAGUCAGUCAUGUUGAUUCCCACCUUGACUUCCCAUAUUUCAGAAUAAUUCCAAUGUCAUGGAAUUCUACUCAACAUUGAUCCAGAGGAGAACUCCAGUGUAUAGUUAGCAGAAUAAAAACUUAAACACGUUGCAGGAUUCCCCCAAAAUGGACCAGAGGCAAUUGUGUUUCAUCCAGCAGAGCCUUACUGCUACUGAAGGCAAAUGGUCACAAAUCCCAUACAGUCAGGAUUGGCACUGUCCAUAAGAAAUCCAGUUGCAGCAGACCUAACUUAAACUUACAAUAAGUAAGUUUGAGCAUGUCUCUGAACAAAAAAAAAGAGAUUUGGUUACACACCAGCAACAUUCAGUUUGCUUCCUGGACUUCUGCCACACCAAAGAAUCGCCAAACUGAAACAUCUAAAUCAUGUACUAUCAAUCUGCACCUUUACUCACACAUUCCAACAAUCUUCCCCUUCCCUCCCGUAUUCGUACGGAGUCCAGUAGCCUUUAAAUGUUAACUUCUACUGAAUUAAGUGCAUGGUGUAGCCGUUGCUGUGCCUUGUGUGAAGUGCAGUAGUAUUGAACCCAUCUUGGCAUUAGGCUGCUGGUGACUAAACAAAUGAAUGCCUUCCAUUUACCAAAUUGCCCUUUUGUAAUUUGAUCUCCACAUAUCUUCUCUGUCCACCCGGACAGCCUUUCUCCCUUGUCAUGUAGUUAAGAAGAUGCUGUCUUCUGUUCGGCAUUUCCAGUAGGAUAGAUGAAUGUUGUAAAUCCACUUUGCCUUCCAAAAAGCCCCAUCCAUUAAUUCCUUUCCCCCUGAAGCAUAAUCCAGCUAUCGCUUCUUGAGCCACUUUGUGCAAACAUUCUUGGUCUCUCAGCUGUCACUUUUCUGUCCUGCUGGCUUUUGUGUUGUCUAUUUAAACCCCAACAGAAUGCCAGACCUGUAUCCCAGCGCUCUAGCCUGACCCUUGCGGCCCUUUGGGGAUAUGGACCACUUCCAUCGGCCGUCAUUCCAUCGCACUGUUGCUAAUCCACUUGAGAGCUGCGGCAAAUAAAUGUCCUUUGAGAAACGUGACUCCCGUUCCAAAAGGCAUUCCAUCAUGCGGGAGCUCUUCAAGAAUUUUUUUCUUUUUUCUUUUUAAUGACUAGUGAAAAGUUUAUGCAGAAAGUUCUCCCCGCAAUUAAUUUUUACAUUAUUAAGCAAGAUCUGCCAAUAUAUAACAUGGAUUCUUUUUGACGGAUUUGAAAUAUUUUUAAAAAUCUAUCUAGAGAUAAAGAGAAAGGUUUUUGUGCAGAAAAUAAUAAUAGGGGAUCAGCAGCAUUUGAAAUUUGCCAGGUGCAUUUUGAACCUGGCUAUUGGUCGCGGGUGGUGCUGUGGGUUAAACCACAGAGCCUAGGGCUUGCUGAUCAGAAGGUUGGCGGUUCGAAUCCCCACAACGGGGUGAGCUCCCAUUGCUCGGUCCCUUCUCCUGCCAACCUAGCAGUUCGAAAGCACCUCAAAGUGCAAGUAGAUAAAUAGGUACCGCUCCGGCGGGAAGGUAAACGGCGUUUCCGUGCGCUGCUCUGGUUCGCCAGAAGCAGCUUAGUCAUGCUGGCCACAUGACCCGGAAGUUGUACGCCGGCUCCCUCAGCCAGUAAAGCGAGAUGAGCGCCGCAACCCCAGAGGUGGUCACGACUGGACCUAAUGGUCAGGCGUCCCUUUACCUUUUAUUGGUCGCUUGUGACCAAAGGAAUAUGCCCAGGUGCCAGGAUGGCGUCUGAUGUCUCCACCAUCUGGAGGUGCGUGCCUGGGGAUCCGUGGAUCUUGACUGUUUUAAUGCAUUAGCAACGAACCCUGUAGAAAUGUAUCCAUGAUUUUCUUUUAUCUCCGCAACUAGAACGAAUUUCAGGAACCAAAAAGUCAUAUUGAAAAACACAACUUUCAAGCUGCUUGGCCCCCAAAUGGCUACUGGGUGUUUUGUUUUGGCGACUGUAACACCAGUUGAAGGAGCCAUUUGGCCACCUAGCUUAUAUAUCUGACUUAUAUAUACUUAUAUAUACACCUACAUAUCGCCUCUUAAACAUCUCAGCAAACCCAGUUUCGGAUUUCCUACAAAUCAGCACGCUCUCCAGACCUUAUUUAGCCAAGCCCAAUGCUACAAACAGCACACAGAGAAAUCAAAGAGGCAGGCUUGGUGGGCAAUGCAAGGAUGCAGAGAGAGAUCUGCGAAGGGCUAUUAGAAUCUAUCGGGGAAAACCUUCUGAAAUCAACAAGGAAAACAUGGGAAGGAGCAGAGCAGCAUACAAGAAAAUUCUUGAGAACAAAAAGGCAAGCUUUGUGAGAAGCCAAUGGCAAGAACUAGGAUGGGCAGUGGCCGAGCAAAGAGAGGACAAGUUUUGGCUUUUGGUCUUGGAGCAUGAAAGAAUCGAGAUCAACACUAGAUGCCACCAUAUUGGCACAAUGUUGGGUGGUUUACUAUGCUGAUUUUUUUGGAGGACAGGGCAAUCAUUCGAUGCCGAGGUGACCAUCGAUCAGCCACCUGAAGUGAAAUACCUGAAAGCCGAGCAUGUCUGUGUAGCUCAAUGUCAGAGUAUUUGCUUUGCAUGCAGAAGUUCCCCGGGUUCAACCCCUGUCAUCUCCAGGUGGGGCUGGGAGAGAUACUGUGCAUGAAAUCCUGGAAAGCUGCUGCCAGCCAGUGUAGACAGUACUGUACUGAGCUAGGUGGAACAAUGGACUGACUACAUGUAAGACAGCUGUGUUCCUGUGCCCCUUCUUUGUUUGCUUUUAAAAUAAUUUUUAUUAAAGGUUUUCUUAGUUUACAAAAGCACGUUCAUUGUCUCUUUUUUCAGGUUGUGUUUUCUACAGAUCAGUUACAUUUGCUGUGAGACAUUACUUGGGUCAAACAUUUAUAGAGUUGACUGUACCUGCUAAUUGACUCAGUACUAUCAUUACGGAAUCCCCAAACACUUUGUUAUCAUACGUGUAUAGUAUGCUUAGCUUGAGGAGUAUGUGUGCUCUUGGUUUAUAGUUUAUCUGCGCUGGGGAAUUUUUUUUUUUUGAUUACAGUUUAUUUCUGACACAUGUAAUUUUCCCCAUUGCUGAUUCAUUCCAAUGUCUGAAAUAAGUGCAGCCAAUAUGAAAGUUGUUCCAUUAUUGCUGGCGUUCUUGUAUGUAUCUUUGAUUACAAAGGUCUUAAUCUGUGUUUUGUUGUUGUGAAUGCGACCGGCUUAGUCAUCCUUUGAUGCCGGGUGACUCAGAUUUGCCAUACAUUUUCCUUCAAACUUUGCACUUGGUUAGAAUUUAGACCAUGCCAGAGGAGGCUCGGAGCGUAUUGCUUCAACCCAUGGGUGACCUUUCGAGCAAAGCAUUCUUACGAGUCGUAGCCUGCUGUAAAUCUAUCUUGGUGGAAAACUGUCAGCCUUGGAAAAUGUUGCAAAUGCGAACGUUUCAGACAUGACGUCUGUGGACAAAAAAACGGUGGCCAGUGCUAACCCUAGAAAGAUCUUCACCUCCCAAAGCAUCUGUGAUAACAUCUAAUUAUUUAUCUUAUUUAUCUGUGAUAAAUUGUGUCAUCUCACUGUAUACAAGUUGUACAAGUGACAAUAAAGUAUUUCAACUUGCUUGAACCUCUAAGAAAUAAAUUUAGGGAGCUUUCCUCCCUGUCCUUCAGAUGCCUUGACAUGGUAACUCUUACGUACUAAUGAAAAAAUAUAUUUUGGGUACUAUGAAUUAAUUCCAUAGAGAUUUUGGAUUAGUGGAAAUAUCAUGCUUUGGUACAGGAAGUAGAAGGACUCAGCAGGGCCCAUCCCUUGCAUGUAGAACAGGGAUAUGGGAUUUAUGGCUUUCCAGAUGCUGUUGGGCUUCAACACCAAUUAGACUCAGCCACAAUUACCAAUAGUUGGAGAGCACCAAAUGAUUUCUGGUAGCCAGGCUGGAAAAGACUUCACCUGAGACCUUGGACAUCUGGUGCGAGGCAAUGCAGACAAUACCGAGGGGUGGUGGCUAGAUGGAAAACUGGGCUAUAGGAAGCUGGACUCAUCAUGUGCUCUCAAAGCAAUAAUGCAAUGUGCUUCUCAACUCGGAUGAAUAGCAUGUUCUAGCUGUUGAGCAUGUGUGCAGCUGUAUACUUCGUCAGACCCUGCUCCCCUGGGUGCUCUGACAACUCUCUUCUUACAGGACAGUCCUGUUUUUUGUUCCUUGGAAGAGUUUUUUGCCGUGUCAGUGCAAAAAAUAUAAACAGAAAAUCUAGAAUAUGCAGGACAUAAAUCACUUCCACAACCUGCUUAUUUACCUGUUGUUCGCUUUAAAAUAUGGAACAAAUGAACUUCAAAAAACUGCUGAUUGUAAGGUUGCACAGUCAAUCCAUGUUACCGAAGUCUCUUGACAGCCAAAGGACUAGAUUUGGGUUGACAUUGUCCUCAGUCCCCUCAGUCCCUGGGGCAAAAUGAGAGUGCCUGAAAGACCUACGAAUUGUCUUGUGACUUUGUCUGAUUGCAAAUCUUGAUGGCUACAAUGGAUGGCAGCGUGCCUCUGAGUAGCAGUCUCUGGGGAACAACAACAGAGGAGUCCUGCCCUUGGGCUUCCCAGAGGUAUCUGAUUAUCCACUGUGGGAAACAGGAUGUUGGACUAGAUAAACCUUUGGUCUGAUCUAGCAGGACUCUUGUUCUUAUUUUUAGUGCCUUGUAGUCCACAGAUGCCAGGAAUUAGCUUGAUAGGCUCACAACUCACCCUGGGACUUUGUUGUCUUCCAUUCUCCACAUACACCCCUUCUCCAAGUUCGGUUGGAAAUGGACUUCCUGGAUAUGCCAGAUUGGUUGAUCUGUGAGUCUCGUCUUUUGGGUAGGAGGUUUGGGCGAGAUGGCCUUUAAGAUCCUUCCAGCUCUUGUGGGGAAGCCCUGUUAACAUGACGGGCUGUAUUUUUGUCCUUUCAUAAAAUGUUCUUUGCUGGUUUCUCUUCGCCCCACUUCUUUGGGUGCUGCUGGAUACUCUGGGGCCACAGUGAGGCUUUGCAGGCAAAAGCAAUGCCUCUCUGUGCCAUUGGCUUGCCUGCUCUGAUGUCACAGCAAGCCUAGGAUUAGAUAGUUCAGUGCUGGUGCCAGUGUGGUGUAGUGGUUAGGAGCGGUAGAUUAGUAAUCUGGUGAACCGGGUUCGCGUCUCCACUCCUCCACAUGCAGCUGCUGGGUGACCUUGGGCUAGUCACACUUCUCUGAAGUCUCUCAGCCCCACUUAUCUCACAGAGUGUUUGUUGUGGGGGAGGAAGGGAAAAGGAGAAUGUUAGCUGCUUUGAGACUCCUUCGGGUAGUGAUAAAGCGGGAUAUCAAAUCCAAACUAUUCUUCUUCUUCUGCUAAGUGGGGAGAAUUUGAAUCCAGAGGCGUAGAGGCAACAUUUUUUAAAUUAACCCCCUCUCUGCCAGUUAUCAGAGGGUGGCAGGACUACAGGGAGACACACACAGGCCUCUGCCAUCAGCCAGGUUGCCAAGACUGCACCCCAGAGCAAAAUAUCAUGGGAAAGGGGAGACCAACUUGGCCAUGAAGGAGCAGCUGUGCUAAUGUUGGCUCUCCUCUCCCCCUACCCUCAUUCCUUUUUCAUUGCCUCUGUUUAGUGAUCCUGUGGGCUGUCUUGUCUUUUAAUACCACAAUGCUUAAAAAAUAAAAAUAAACCAGGUGCUUUAUCAGUGUUAAAUAUUAAUAGUUGUGGUAGUAGCUCCAGUCGAUGAUGACAACGUAAUAAUAAUAGCUGCCCGAGACAGAGAUCCUUCAAACCGAAACAGGGGUUUGGGAGACGUUUGUUGACGUUUUGCUGCUUUGUAAUACGGGCUGGCAGAAAUGAUCAAAGGGGGUUUGCAUACCAGCAGGGCUUUUGUUGGCAAAGGAAGAGGAACAAGCCAGAGGGGAAGGUCUCCCGAGCUCUAAUAGCUAGAGGAGGAGCCCCUGCCUGCGUGAGAGCAAUAGACUCCAGCUUCCCUCCUGCCAAGGGAGUAGGUGAAAUUCUUCUCGAAAAGAAAGGCAGCAUCUUUCAUCAGCCGGAAGUUAUCCAAGAUAGUUGGACAAGCAUUUAUAAUAUGAGUGGCUCCUGGCCAAAUACUACUCAGACCUGGGUUCCCAGCAUAGCAUGACUUCCCUUGUGGGCUUGCUUGUUUUAAAAUGUCCUGCUUUUGCAUCUGGGGUAUUUUGGCAGGCGUGCCUGUUUGAGUGUGUUUUAUACUUUUUUUUUGGAAACAAACGAAGAAGGCACCACCGGUCCUUAUAACGGAAGGUCCCGAAAUGUAGACUCACUUGAAACUUGGUAGAUGGGAAGCCAACAAUAUUUUAUUCUUACCUCUUGGAAAGACAGCAGAAAUGUAAACCACUGAGGCCCAGAGAAUAAGACCUUUAGCAAUUCUUUCUUUCUUUUUACCUUAAGCAAUAAAAUAGGAAUGUAAAUACCGUUGGGUGUUUACGAUCUGAUUACUGUGAAUGAGACUAUUGCCAUGGUUUCAUCUGAACCGUUCAAUGCUCUGAGACCCUUCAGGAUGAAAGGUGGUCUAAACGUGCAAAAUAAAUCAAUGAAUGAAUACACUAAAGUGUGGGAUGUUGGGGAGGGGACACCCACUCCUUACAUAUUAUUCAAUAUUUGUGGAUGUUUCCUAACUGCGGAGCCAUCUUGAGGCCUUUUGCUGCCUGAGAGAAAGGCCCCCAUCUGCACUAUGCAUUUAAAGCACUGUGGUACCACUUUAAAGAGCAAUGCCUUCCCCAAAGAAUCCUGGGAAAUGGAGUUUGUUAAGGAUGCUGAGAGUUGCUAGGAUACCACUAUUCCCCUCAAAAUUUUCAGAGCUGUGUAACAAUUAACUCCUCUUCCCAUGGAAUUCUGGGAACUGUACCUCUGUGAGGGAAACAGGGGGUCUCUUAGCAACUCUCAGCACCCUUAACGAACUCCAUUUCCCGAGAUUCUUCGUGGGAAGCCAUGUCUGCUAAAAGUGGUAUCAUAGUGUUUUGAUAGUGUAGAUGGGGCCAGAGAUGGGCAACCCCAAUUCCAUGUACAGUGGUACCUUGGUUCUCAAACUUAAUCCGUUCCAGAAGUCCGUUCCAAAACCAAGGCGCACUUUCCCAUAGAAAGUAAUGCAAAAUGGAUUAAUCUGGUGCAGACUUUUAAAAACAAACCCUAAAACAGCAAUUUAACAUGAAUUUUACUACCCAACGAGACUACUGAUCCAUAAAAUGAAAGCGAUAAACAAUGUACUGCAGUCACACAAUCAUUCAAUCAAUCAGUAGCUGAACUGGGUUCCACACAGUCACAAAAACAAAAAGAGUCGCAAAAACAUAAACACAAAAUAAAUAGCAAAAACAGACCUCAGCAUAACACUCAAAACGGAAGUGUGGCACUCAAAUCAGAAGCGUAACACUCAAAACGGAGCACGUUCGGCUUCCGAAAAGGGUUUGCAAACUGGAACACUUACUUCUGGGUUUGCAGUGUUUGGGUUCCAAGUUGUUUGAGUACCAAGGCGCUGGAGAACCAAGGUAUCACUGUACAGAAGUUAACUGGCCUGGAAGUCAAACCUUACUUUAUGCCUGGCUCCAGGGCAGGAGCCUCCACUGUACCUGAGGACACUAAACUAGGGCACAGGGUGCAGGAUAGGUCCCACAUGGCACAAAACGCAGCAUCCCAACCCAUCACCUCUCUCUGCUGCCCCAAACGCUGUAGCAACCCCCCAAUCUUCCUGAAGAUGAUGCUGGGACUGUUUGAAUGGACAGUUCACCUGUAGGAAUGGCACAGGUUUGGAUUUGAGGAACAAUAGCUUUUAUGAGACAAAAGUAAGAUUUCCAGCUGGAGUUGUUAGCAAGAGGUGUCCAGUAACCUCUUGGGGCCCUUACGCUCCUUGCAGUAGGAAAGUCUGUCUGUCUGUACUCAUGCUUGGCUUGUAUAUAUUUGUAAAGAAAGCAGCUAUUACAAAGACCCCUUUUGACCCCUUUUCAAAGGAAGUGAAACCCAUUCGGCAGCACUACACCUCGAACUUCUCCCCGCUUGGAAGUAACAAUGCUUUUCUGCUGCAGAACGGGAUACACAAAAACACCCACAAGCCUCAGUCCAGCUGCGUACACACCCUGUCAGAAAACUGGCCGCAGUGCCAAUUUGGCAGGGAGAGCCGAGUGACGAUGAGGCCCAAAUCCGGUUCCUGAACAGCUCCCCUGUACCGUUGCCAAUUUUAUUUAUUAAAUUUACAUCCGGCCUGCCUUCUAUAAUUUGAGCCCAAGGCAGUAUUUGUAGGGUUCCCAGGUGGUCGCUUUAGCAGGCAACGACAGCAUCCGGAUUUCUUUCGCUUCAGGAAGGUUGCUGAGCCAUGUGCCUUGAAGCCAGGUGUGGGCAGAUGUCAGACUUGCAAGAUCUUCAUGGGUUUGCGCUAGAACACCCAAGGCUCACCAGCAGGAGCCAGCAGCAAAACAGUGGUUCAAGGAGCCAGACCCAACAUGCUGGCUUAUGGGGCAGAGCCAGUUGCAUCUCCCAACCCCGGGUGUCAGGCACAGAACUUGCUUGCCUGUGCAAAUCUACAUCUGAGAUGCUGCAGAACAGAGAUUCUAACAGCCCACUAUUUUUCUUUGUGUGUGUGUGGAGAGGUCUUUUCAUUGCCGAUAAUUGUUUAAAAAUUAGCAGCCGGAAAUCCUUAGUUGUCUUCUACAAACCCUCUAGCAAACCAAUAUACCCUGAUUUGCAUUUUGCUCGUCUCUGCUUUUUAAAACCAUACCCUGGAAGCUCUGCAAUAGCUCUCAACUUGAGCAGAGGAGUCACUGCUGGUGAAGUUUGUGCUGUUCCUCAUCCAGCUAAAAGGAUGCCUAUCUAGGACGCUUGCUUCUGUGUGUGUGUGCAUGCAAAUGACCUCCUCUUCUAGCAGGAUUGGGAUGGUCUUGCGUAACUGGACACUUGAAACUUUGUUCUUUGCUGACCUAAUGCAUUAACAAGCCUUUAACGCCCAUAUGUUUCUAAUGCAGGUGGCAAAAGUGGAAUAUGUUAGAAAAAAGCCAAAAUUAAAAGAAGUCCUGGUGAAGCUAGAAGAGCAUAUGGAAUGCACCUGUACGUCGUCAAAUUCUAAUUCAGAUUUUCGAGAAGAAGAAACGGGUAUGUUGACAUUUGGGUGGGGAUGGGCUUUAAUUUAAGCUGGAACGUCUGGGUACAAUGUGGCUGUUGAAGUUCUCUGGGGAGCGGGGCGGGGUCUCAAGCACUUAAAACCAGGAGAGGAGAACAGGUGGUGGUCAGAAGUUCCAACCACAGCAUUUGGAACUGUGCUUUACUCGUUUACUUAAAUAUUCUUAUAUCACUCCUUUCUGAUAAAACGUUCAAGGCGACUUGCAGCGCAGUAUUGGAAAACAAUACAAUAAAACACAAAUUUGGCGAUGAAAAGCAGCAAUAGGUGGCAGAUUGUGGGUUGUGGCCAAGUAAAUCUUACUUAGAGUAGACCCACUGAAAUCAAUGGAUUUAAAUUUAUCUUGAUUGGCUGCUGUGUGUGUGUUACUUAGCUGGCUACAACGCCGUAACUUAAAACUGAGGAUUCAUAUGCUAGGAGAGCUAAAAUUAUCAUCUGGGCAGACCAAAUGCCUAAGCUCUUCAUAAAGUGACAAAAGGCCUUCAGAGAGGGAGUGUGGCGAGUCUCCUUAGUUAACUUUGAAGUCCUCCCCUUCCUCUAGGCAACUCAGCCAGGUGUAGUGGCCAGGAAUCCAUGUCUUGCUGGCUUUAUAUCAGGAGGUGCAGUCAGUCAGAUUUGCAUUGAUUAUAGCUAAUGGCCACUUCAAUAUAGCUCACAAAACACCCGGAGGAAGGUAACACACAAAUGUUCAGAAAUGUGGGUUGUUGGGUUUUUUUGUUUUUGUUUUUUUACCUUGUCAACUUCCUCUUAUCAAUUGAACAAAUUAAAAAUUCCCUUGGCAGUCAGUGCUGUUUCAGAUCAAAAGGGAAAUCUGUAGAUUUCUCAUUGCCAGCACAUGCAAAGCUACCCUAUUACAGGUAACAAACUUGUUGACACCGGCCAACGACCAUCUAAUUUUUAAAUAGCUCCCUUGUAGAAUUUUUAAUAUAUAUUUUUUAAGGGAAGGGAUCAAUCACUAGGUGAGUUGUAUAAAGGGCAAAACAGAGUACUGUCGUACCUUGGAAGUCGAACACCUUGAGAGACAAACGUUUUGGCUACUGAACGCCACAAACCCGGAAGUGGUUGUUCCGGUUUGUGAACGUUCUUUGGAACCCGAAUGUCCGACAGGGCUUCCGAUUGGCUGCAGGAGCUUCCUGCAGCCAAUCGGAAGCUGCGCCUUGGUUUCCGAACAUUUUGGAAGUUGAGCGGACUUCCGAGGUAUGCCUGUGUAGCAUAAGCAGAGGUGAAAGGGCAACAGGCAGAUUACGAAAGAAAUCUCUAAAAAUCAAGCACUGUUUUAGAUUUGGCUCAUGCUUGUUGCUGUUGUUUUGCUGGCAAAUUUGAGUAAUGGUAAGGAUUAAUGGGAAAGGGCCAUUUGUUCAGUCAUGGAGUCUUUUCAUUCCAUUCCCGGCAUCUCCUGGCAGUUUUGAGAAUCGCCCCCUGCCAGAUAAUAUGAAGAGCAUCUACCUGUCAAUGUAGACAACUAUUGAACUAAACAGACCCAGUAGCCUGACUCAUACAAUUUAAGACCGCUUCCAGUGUUCCUUUGGCUAUUCAGUUAUCUUUCUGAACACACUUAGACAGGAGGGAGUGGGGCUGUGGUACUUGCCUUACUCUCACGUGCAAUAUAAGCAUAGAGCUUGAAAGAAACCGUACCCCAAGAUACCCAGUUGCGGUUACAGAGCCUGUACCCCAGGGUUAACCAAUGUUGUGUCCAGUUAUGGUGCCUUCUCCCCCAACCAGACAUGCUGGCUGGGAUUGAUGGAGUUGGGAGUGCACAGGUUCGUACAUAAAUGGUAUGGGGGCAAGAGAUACGAGUGGUCUUGAUCCCACUCAUCUUUUGACAUCAGUUUCAUGUGAUAUCUGAAUGGUCCUGUCCCAAAUGCAAUGCAAUUUCUGCACCCAGCACGUAAUACCUUGGAGAGAUAAAACUAAACACUUUAAGCAGGUGGAACAAAUUACCGUUCUUUUAUUUUUUUGGAGAAGGAAUAAUGGAAGCGAUUGAAUUUUUUAAAAUCAAUAAAUGCAUUGCCUUUGGGUGUUUGCUUCUUCUUCUUUUUACGCCAUCCCUGCCCUUGUGUCAACAGGAAGGCCUGGGGGGAAAGGUAAAAAACGGAAAAGAAAAAAGUUAAAACCCUCAUAAAAAAAUACUGCCGCUGACCAGGUAGGACCUGUCUGCUGAAACUACCCUUAAUACCACAAGCAACUGAAAAUAUAAUCAGCUAUUCUCACUCUCCCACCUAAUCACUGUUCAAAAAUCUUUACAUGUGGCUGUUUUGGAGCAGCCAAGAAAUCAGAAAUGAUUGGCUCAGAUAAUUCUUUUCACGAGUUUCUUUCCCCUUGACAGCUAUGCUUGUUGCUGCAAGCACCUCACAUCCUUUCUUUCCUUUCCUUUCCAUAAUUUAAUUUUGGAGGGAUUAAUAUUAAACGCUUGCAAUCUGCAGCUCCCUGCUAUUUUUGAAUUGCCGUUGAUUUCCAAGGGUGGUUCAGGUGUUCUGUCAUAAUACUGAAAUGCUAUUGAACAAGGAUCCUUAUUUGCUUGAUAUUUGUUGGGGGUGGGGACACAGUUUUCCCUCUCCUCACUUAAUUCCCACAACAACCCUGUGAGGUAGGUUAAGCUGAGAGGCAACAAAUGGCCCAAGGUCACCCUUCGUGGCCAAGAGGGGAUUUGAACCCUGGUCUCCCAGGUUUAAGUCUGGCACUCUAAUCACUACACCAAACUGGCCCUCAGACAUUCUGGCCCUCAAACACGCACCAUCAAUAAAAUAUGGCCUGCCACUCCUAUUCCUAUUCCAGCAGGCUUGUACCAGAUUUGAACAUGGCCCUAGUCUUCAGGGAUAUAUUAGGAACCAAGGGUGUAGAGUUUUGCUGUAAGAAGAUCUGCAUCACCAGGCAUGCCCCAUACAAUAAAUCUCACUUAGCGUAGUAGAGAUGAAGGCAAAAGUUCCUGGGUGUUUCACUGAAAAAGCUGAAUUAUUUAACGCACUGCGCAAAUGAUAUGUGUAAAGGAACCGAAUGUAUUCUGUGUCAACUGGAUAGUCUUUAUGAACUACUGGGUGGGGGGGAGAGAGAACUGUUAAGGGUAGUACUCUGGUCUGUUGCAAGUCCUGUCUUCCAGGUGAGCCCAGAACUUGUGGGAACUGUAUUAUAUAAGCAAAGGUUUGGGCAGGUUAAAUCUAAGCAUGCAACACGGUCAAAAGAUAACAACAACGAGUAGUUUCUUGGCUGGCGUUAGGAACCCUGCACAUUUUCUAUUUUUAUGUUGUGAACAGCCCUGAGAUCCUCGGAUGAAGGGCAGUAUAUAAACCUGAUGAUGAUGAGGAUGAUGAUGAUUAUCAUCAUCUAGAAGGGGCAUGGGACCACUUCUCUGUGACCACUGGACAGCUUAGUUGGUUAGAGUGUGGUGCUGAUACAAGGUUACAGGACUCUGUGAUUCUACAUAAAUAUGAUUCAUCUCAUGGCACUGCCAAGAUGUUGAAAGGUUCAGCUCCAUUUCUGAUGGCGCCAAUCCCAUGGGUCCUUCCCAUAUCCAUUCAGGGAAUGGAGUGUGGCAAACUCCUGUGGUGCUAGCACUUUAAUGCCUAAUUUUUUAAAAGCAAGGGUGGUAAGCUGCCUCCUCCUGCCCCUUGCUCCCCCCAUUUUGCCUCCAUCUCAUACCAUCCCUGACUUUUGGCCAUUCUGGCUUGCGGUUGGAGGCUGACCACCUCCGUAAGGCCACAAGUUAGCAACCCCUGAAUUAAAGUGUGAGAAAGCCACUCCCAAUACCCCUGUUAUGUCAUAUAAAGGCCACAUAAGUAACUUUUCACUCAGGAAUGAGGAGGGGGUCCCCCCCAAAAUGAUCUUAAGAAGGAAGUUUGAUCUUCUAACCGUACAAUUGCCUUGUGCUCCCCAUCCCUUUUCUCUUUCUCUUUUGCAGAUGUAAGGUGAAAAUAAGCUAGAAAACAUUUCUCUCUGGGACAUGGAUGUACAUUGUUUGUUACAUUCCUGAACCUACUGUGUAUGGUGCUUUAAUGACUGUAUACUUCAUUCAUUCUCCUACGUUGGGGGGGAAAUUGUCUUAAAGAAAGAGAGAGAAAGAGAGAGAGAGACUUCACAAGAACAAAGAGACAAUGUACAUUUGUUUAAUACGACAUCAAAGCAAGUAUUGUAGCACUCUAUGAAACAAUACGAAGUUUCCCUGUCCAAAACAACAACAACCCAAGAAGACAACUCAAGAAAAACAAAAUGGCAUUGGUAGAGGAAUACCAAAAGUACCCUGGCAACACAACAAAAGACAAUGCUAAAUUAAGUGAAGAACAGAUUUCCUCUGAGAAGAGCAGUCAAUGGUGCUUUCUUUUCUGUUUGUUUCUGUCAAGAAAUGUGCCUGCAUUCUUGAUGAAGAUGGAUGGACACUGAUGGAGUUUAGGCACACAUACAAAAAAAAAGAAAAAGAAAAAAAAAAGAGCAGGAAUGUAUCAAAUGCCACAGCAGACACUUAAUAGAAGCAGUGCGAUUUUGCUUGACGGUAUUUUAACGUCUAUACAAAAAAAAAAAAAAAUCCUUCUGGGGCGCCUUAAGUGGAUGUUUUUGUUUUUUUUGGUUUUUUUGUUUUUUACACCAUAAAGUUAUUAUUAAGCUUUCUUUUUACUCUUUGCCUAGCUUUUUAUUAUCCUUUUUUGGACUACAUUUACCAAUAACCCAUAUAGAAGACUGCUGUAGCGAUGGCGAAACGGGACACACAGACAAGUAUGGAAUUUCUCCUAGUGGGAUGCAAACUAAUGAGAUGUAUUAAAAUAAAAAUGGUAUACCUAUGCAUAAUUUUCUAAAUGUUUCUUGGUUUAUGUCCCAUUUCCCCUCUCCUCCCCGCCCCGCCCCCAACCUCCUCCAUUCCCGCACACGUUAUUUAAAACAGUGGCUUUUCAGAAAUGUUGCCAGGGUUUGUUUGCUUUUUGUCAGCGAAAAGGAUUGUAAUGAUGGAAGGUUUGGUGCUCCUGAUUUUCCUCUGCCAUGUACGGCCACAGAGCAGAGAUCAGGUGGAGGUGGGGUGGAUUCUUGGAUGCAUUUUCGUUAACAUGAGGCAACGGCAAGGCCCAAUAGUAUUGGCCCUUGUGUGUGUCAAAGGAUGCCCAAGAAUAUACAGUCAUACCUUGGGUUACAGACACUUCGGGUAACGCGAUUUCAGGUUGCGCACAGCGCCGAAUCCGGAAGUACCAGAACGGGUUCCUUCCGGGUUUCGGCGCAUGCGCAGAAGCACCAAAUCACGACCCACAUGUGCGCAGAUGCGGCGCUGCGGGAUGCGGACGCUGCGGGUUCUGGACGUGCUUCCCACAUGGAUCACGUUUGCAACCCAAGCGUCCACUGUACCCAGAAUCCUCAGCAACAUGCAAGAAUUUUGUGGCUGAUGCCCAGAGUUCCCUCAACAAGACAGGUCAACAGACCUUCCUGAGGGGAAGAAGUUUGAAAGUCACUGUUGUUUUUUUUUAGAGACAAAAAACCCACACAACUCCCUGAUGUGCAUAAGCAACCUUUGGCUAUAUGCGAGCAGUUUGUUUGUUUGUUUGUUUGUGUGUGUGUGUGUGUGUGUGUGUGUGUGUUGGGGGGGGAACAGACACCAGUUGCUGAUCAGUGAUGUUGUAGCAAUUGCCAUGCCUCUCCAUAGACAAAUCCCUUUUACUAUUUCACAUGUUUAAUCUAUGUGAGAUGUACAAACUCUUCUUGUUAUCCGUAUUGUAUUAUGUCACUGUGGCACGGGGGUGACCCUGCCGAAAAGCCUAAAUUUCUUUAUUUUUGGUAUUAAAAAAAAGUUAUGCUUUAAGUGUAUUCAACAAAAUAAGUGGUUUAUUUUGUAACAGUGAAGUUUGUAUUUUUUAAAAUCUAAAAUUAAUGGUUUUAUAUACCCGAGAAAGCCUGCUAUGUUUUCUUGAAGAAGGAAAAAAGAGCACAGGGUCGGGGGGUCAGGGAAUGCAUAUUAUGGGUGUGUUCUUCUAGCCGCCAUUAAUAGUCCAUAUAAUUUUAAAUACUCUUUUCAUUGUAGCAGGGUAAAUGAAAAGACUUAGGCCUCGCCCCUUGCAGCAUCCACCCCCAACCUGGGAUAUCCUCUGGAACUUGUGGGACUUCAACUCCCAUCAGCCACAACCAGCAUGGGCAAUAGUCAGGGAUGAUGGGAGUUGUAGUCCAACAACAUCUGGGGGGCACCAGACUCUGGGUGGUGGUGCUGUCCUGGAUGCUCAAAGGACAAUUUAUGUUCCAACCUUCUCUAAAUAAUUCCAUAGGCACAGUGCAAUUCCUGAGGGCACUUCAAGCUUGUAAAAUCUAAUUUAUCUCCCUGCUCUGAACCCCAAAGUCCACCAAGUGAAAAACUGUGUUUUAGAAGAGUGAGCAUACACUUACAAUCAAGGCGUGGUUAAGUGUACACCCAGGAUUUUGCUUUUGGUACCAGAUCUGAGCUUUUAGUCUAAGAAUAAAAAAAUCAAUUCCUGGUCUCCCCCUGCUCCCCCACGAGGUUUCUUCUUUCCAUCAUCCUGCUUCUGGCAAAAACGAAAACAACUCAGGGUCAGAAAUCUACUCCAAAUCCCCCAGAGAUCCACCGGUAAUCUGAUCUACUCUCUACCCACCCUUGCCGUAGGACGCAGGCAGUAACUGCUGCCAUUCUAGGGCUUAUGCCCAUGCACUCAAUUCUGAGAAACGCACAGAGUUCCUUCCCACCUUUGAUGGGAACAGGAUUGGCCCAUGUCUAGGUACUUCCAGAACUGGACGACCUUCAGUGUUGCCUCAGACCAGCUGAUUUGACCCUUUGAGAAUAUAAGACUAUGCAAGCUGUUUUAUGGUAGCCCAGUUGGCCAACUUGCCUUACUAAGUUCCCUUUCAUGCCUUAGCUUACGGCACGGCACCUUCUCUUCCCCAGGAGAAAGGUUGUUUUCUGCUGCUCCAGAGAAGCGGACACGGAGCAAUGGAUCCAAACUACAAGAAAGAAGAUUCCACCUAAACAUUAGGAAGAACUUCCUGACAGGAAGAGCUGUUCGACAGUGGAAUUUGCUGCCAAGGAGUGUGGUGGAGUCUCCUUCUUUGGAGGUCUUUAAGCAGAGGCUUGACAACCAUAUGUCAGGAGUGCUCUGAUGGUGUUUCCUGCUUGGCAGGGGGUUGGACUCGAUGGCCCUUGUGGUCUCUUCCAACUCUAUGAUUCUAUGAUUCUAAGUUCAAGUGUUUGUUGUCAGGUCAGACUAAGUGCUGCUUACACUGACUCGGUGAGGACCCAGAGGUUCCUUUCACACAUUAUGAAUUUAUAUCAGGAGAAAUACUACACACUGGUCCUCACCUUGUCUUCCUAGGCUGUGAACCAUCAGUUUGGAUCAGACUGUUGGCUGUGGAAGAGCAAACAGCUCAAUGCCCACGUAGAUCAUUCUUUCCAAGCACUGGUCAUGGGGACCCUCAAUACAUAAGGGACUCCUGGUUAUGGAUUUGGGCACUGUGAGGUGUGUCGGAAUUUAAACUGAAAGCACAUUGUAUUCAUACUUUCCCUGUUACGUUUCCAGGCAACUAGGGUUUCGUGCACAUUCAGCCCAAAAUGCAAAUUCUGGACCAGGAUUACCCAAACCCUACAUCAGGACAGACCACAUUCUGAAAUGGGAAUAAAACCUCCUUGCUUCUUUUAGAAAACAUAUUCUUGUUUGACAUCAUUUUUAGUCUGUUCCUGCUGAAUGUGGAGGAACAGCAUUUGCUAUGCCAAGCACUUAGAGCUAUAACCUGAACAUGAGAAGCCCCUGGUUAACUUGUCUGUUUUUCUGGUUGUCUCCCUUCCCGUAAGAAUUGCAAACUUGCUUCGAAGAAGUUGAGGUUUUUUUCAUUUGGCAGCAUGUGUGCCAAGACCCCAAGUUCUGUAGCUUCACACUUGCAGAAUACUCAUGGCCUUACGUAGGAGCACUUGGGAGUACAUAAAUUGUGGCAAGUGGACUACAUAAAUUGAUGAUUUGCUAUCCACAAUGAAUCUGGAUAACAAGGAGCCUGGGAGAAGUACAGUUCUCCCCGAAAUGAUUAUUUCCCUCCCUCCUGCACCCCACUUUGUUUUUUAUUAUACCGAUCGUGUAAAAUAAAACUGGAAUUAUUUACAAAACAAGUUUCCAAAGAAAUAGCCUUUUCCUCACAUCUCAUAGGUACGGACCACGAGGUACGGCAAAGAUAAUGUUACUGUCUUUAAUCUGUGCAUUCAAAUGUGGAUGUGCUUUUGUGUGUGCAGUGUUGACUAAUCUGUCUCACUUUCAGAAGUAAAAACUACAUCUAAGAAAAGGGAAAGGAAGGACUUUUCUCAUUGAUGUCAAUAAGGGUGAUUUGCUCUUGAUUUCAUUGUAGCCAGAAUCUGCUUAUGCUUUCCGGCACUUAUUUGUUUUUCCUCCUUUUGCUCCAUUCCUCUUGUGCAAAUUGACCUAAGCCAAAGCAUUUGAAUGAAGAAAAUGGGAGAGGUAUUCCUGGCUUUGGGGUUUUCAGACUUUAAAGCCACAGUCCUGUUGGCUGAAAAGCAUCCACCCUAGUGGUGUGGAUAGGAAGAAUUGUACUUUAAAGUGUCUGCGCUUGUUUACCGCUGAGUGUAACAGUCUCACAGUUAUGCACAUGAAUGUAUGUGUGUACAUGAAAAAAAGAAAUGUAUAAAGUGUAAUUUAUAUAUUUAUGUCUGAGUGGGAUGUGGCAGUAAUGUUGCUUCAAUCUUGAUUCCCUUCACCCCUCCCAUCUAAAAAAGAAAAUACAGUGGUACCUCGGUUUUCAAACAAAGUCAAACAUUUCAGUUUUCGAACGCCGAAAACCCGGAAGUAAAUGCUUCUAUUUUUCGAACGCACCUCAGAAGUCAAACAGCUUCCGCUGAGUAUUUCUCCAUUAAAUUUGCAGGCCACCCUUUGCACCUCGGUUUUCAAAUGUUUCAGAAGUCAAACAGUCUUCCGGAACGGAUUACAUUUGAAAACUGAGGUGCCACUAUAUUUUAAUAGAUUUCAUAUGCUGGUGACAAUUGUAGAUUUCACUGGUUUGAAAAGAUUCUGUUGCCGCUUGUGGACUUGCAGAUUUCUGAGAUUGUCCAUGAUUCCGUUGCAUUAUGUGGGCAAGAUAGAAACCGAACCGGAAAGGAAGACACCUUCCUUUUAACCAGGCAGAGUGAAUAAUGCUGGUGUUUGUCAGCACUGUUGAUCACUAGGAAAACCAGUGUUAACUGGACCAACCCACACACCUUGAUUUGGGGGAGAUAACCUGUGUGGUAACAGUACUCAACAGCAGAUAGCAGAAGCAUCUGGAAUUCCUGUCGGAGUUCGGUAGGAUAUAUUCCAGUGGAAGAAGUUCCCAAAAUGUGUCCCCGGCCACUGAGAGCUGUGGAUGCUAGCAGAUUUGCAGCACAAUCCCAUACGUGUCUACUCAAAAGUAGUUCCCAUUGAGUUCAGUAGGACUUACCCCCAGGAAAGUGGAUGUAGGACUGCAGCCUUCUGCAGAAGAAGGUCCCCCUUCCUUCCCGGCACACACAAGCAAGUGGAGACAUGCAUUUUAUCAGCACUAGUCCAAAUUUUUUGCCUUCAAAGGAUGGGAAAUUGAAGACUGGAUGAAGAGCUUUUCAGUAAUUAUGCGUCUGAGACUUGCAGCCUGAAGGCAAUUUUUCAGUACCACUAUAUCUUAAAGAGAAGCCUAAAGCCCUCUGGAGCGCUUGGAAGUCCACAGCAAAGCUUCCAGCAGGUUCCUUUCAAGUCAAUCGCUGGUUUGCCGAUAAGCAAAGCAACUUUCUCAACCCAGAAAUAUUGCAGGCUGGUCAUCCAUGGAGCUUACUCAAACCAUCGUUGUGUGGCGGCCCCUAAUGUGGCCCCUUGACAUUGAGGGCAAUUGUUGUGCCUGGGCAACAUCCCAGAAUGGCCUAAUUUGUCCUUUUGAGGCCACCAUCCAAAGAAAAAGAGAAGUUGAAGCCUUUUGGCAUUCCUGUCUAGUUGCAUACUAUGGUUUGUAUACAGAGUUGCAUUAAAUCUGUUGUUCUGUUAGGUUUUGUUUUGUGUUCUAGAUAUUUGGGACCAUUCAGCAGCAGCACCCCCCGCUGUAGUUUGAAGUGACCCAGUCCAUUCUGCCGCGACAUCCCACUGCCUGUGUGGAGCCAACCAAAGCCCAGGGGCUUGGGGUGUGCAUCAGUGGUUGUACUCCAGAGUGCUUUAUAUUAGAAGGAAACUUAGCAACAGCUGUGGCUUCUAACCCUGCAGCACCAGCUGGAAAAAGCACAACUUUGAUGCAACUCUUCAAAAACUGUGAAAGCCUUUGGGCGCCUCUGUGAAGAGAGGCUGGCUUGGAGAUGGGGACUGCUCAGAUUUGGAGGCAGAAUGUCAGUGAAUCCCAGCUAUUUGGGGGAAGUCAACAGAGAAGGGAUAUUGCCUUCAUGCCUCAAACUUGCGAGCUUCCUGGAGGCAACUGGUUGGGCCAUUGCAGAGCAUAGCAUGCUAGACUUCAUCUCUUCCUCCUCCCCUGAUCCUGCAAGCUUUCCUCUUUUCCUCCGAUUCUGCAAAUCAUCUGCCACUGAUUAUUAUUAUUUUCUUUAUGAAUCACUUCCUGUAGGGCUUGUAGAAGUGACGUAUUUACAGCGGUACCUUGGUUCUCAAACUUAAUCCGUUCCAGAAGUCGGUUCCAAAAGCAAGGUGCGCUUUCCCAUAGAAAGUAAUGCAAAAUGGAUCGAUCCGUUCCAGACUUUAAAAAACAACCCCUAAAAUAGCGAUUUAACAUGAAUUUUACUAUCUAACGAGACCAUUGAUCCAUAAAAUGAAAGUAAUAAACAAUGUACUGCAGUCACAAAAUCAAUCAGUAGCUGAACUGGGUUCCACACAGUCACAAAAUCAAAACAAAAAAGAGCCGC